AUGUCGGACAACCAAAGCUGGAAUUCCUCGGGCUCCGAAGAGGAUCCCGAGACCGAGUCCGGGCCGCCUGUUGAGCUCUGCGGAGUCCUCAGCAAGGUAAGGAGGUCCCUUCCUCUCGCCGCCACGGAGCGGUCGUGCUCGGCUUGGCUUUUCACCUGAGCUCCCCCCCCCCUUCGUCUCCUUCGUGGUCGACGGGGGACAUGCGGGGGGCGCCCCCUGCGGUAGGGUAUCCGGUUGUGGGAGCCUGGCGCCGAGUCCCCCCUCUCCCCGCAAUAACUGGCCACCUCGCCUGGUAGGGUGGCGGCCUAGGAGCCUCCUGCCCUCUUCCCCAGCUUAGAGGGAGGUCUCCGCACAUCUCCUUCCCCGCCUCCCACAGGCUGUUGUGGCUUCUGUUUUUGUUAUUAUUCCGGUUUGGUGGUGGUGGUGUGUUAAAAAAAGGCUUCACCUCCGCAGUCUUGGAAACCAUUUAUCCGGGUAGAGGGGCGGAUUGCUUAGUUUCAGAGCGAAGCCUUCGCCCUUUCUAGGUGGAAAAUGUCUGUGAAUGUCACUUUCUCUAUUCCCCAGGAGUCCACCCGCCGCUGCCACCUUUCCUUGAUGAUCAAAGUAUGAGUCUUGGUUUGAGGAAGGGUGACUUGGUAAAAUAAUAUUCGUGCUCAUUGGAGUGGGACUUUUAUUAUUUAAUUUCUCUCUCUGUGUGUGUGUGUGUGUGUGUGUGCAUGUGAUGCAGCGGAGAAGGAAAAAAGAUCAAUCUGUUCCAUCAGGUUCUUCUCAAGAGCCUGGUAAUCCUGACUAGAUUUCACUUGUAGCCACAGCUUGGCUGAGUAAUGCUGCCGAGGCAGCCUGUAUGGGGAAUCGCUCAGGGCGCUUCCACUCGUUGAUUCUGCACGACUGGAAAAGCUAACUUCUUGGGCCUGCGAAUCGAAACCUUACACGGUUUUCUCCCUCUUUUAAAAAAACGAAGGAAACAAAAUCAUGUGAUAUGCAUGAACACAUAACGCACAAUUGUACCACAGAGAAGAGUGGUGUGACCUUUGCUCUAAACAGUGCAGUAAAAUAGACUGACUGGAGGGACAGUAUAGGGAGAAAGUACAGGAGAAAGCAGCUGUAUACACAACUGGAGGACUUUAAGGCUUCAGUCCCUGUAUUAUUUCUAAUUUUUAGCGUGAAUCCUUUGCAGUUUUGCUAUUUAGAAAUUGCAAAGGAGUCAUUAUUCAGACAGAAAGCUAAGUUUUUAAGCAAGACAUCAAGUUUUAGCAAUAUGAUUAAGCCCUUCAGAAACUGAAUGGUAAUUUUGCUUUUUGAAGCAGUUUCACUUGCACUAUGCUUUUGACCCUGUUUUCUGUACUGAAGCAAGCAGUGAAAGCACAAGCUGUGAGAUGCUCGAGUUGGAAAACGUUAUUGCUGAAAAAGCUUUUGCAGUCCAGUUAGUUUUCACGUAUUUAUAGGGAAACUAAACAUAAAUUCCCAAGUAUUGUCAUUUCUGAAUUAGAAGGUAGAUAAAGGUAGAGGGUAAAGGGACCCCUGACCAUUAGGUCCAUUCAUGACUGACUCAGGGGUUGCGGCGCUCAUCUCGCUUUACUGACCAAGGGAGCUGGCGUACAGCUUCCGGGUCACGUGGCCAGCAUGACUAAGCCACUUCUGGCGAACCAGAGCAGCGCACAGAAACGCCGUUUACCUUCCCACCGGAGCGGUACCUAUUUAUCUACUUGCACUUUGACGUGCUUUCGAACUGCUAGGUUGGCAAGAGCAGGGACCGAGCAACGGGAGCUCACACCGUCGUGGGGAUUCGAACCGCCGACCUUCUGAUUGGCAAGUCCUAGGCUCUGUGGUUUAACCCACAGCACCAUCCGCGUCCCGGUAGAAGGUAGAUAAAGUGCUGCAAAUGGGGACUCUGGAUCAGGUAACAAGAAUAUGACACAUGGCAUGCUGUCCAGAUCUCAGAGAUUGGAAACUCAUGCAGCCCUUUAGCCCAAUAUGACUUUAGAUGAUAGUUAGCUGCCAGAAGGAAUUUAGGCAUCUUUGUUACAGCAAAGAUAUGAAGCAACUCUCUGCCAUUUUUCAGUAGGAAUGGAGACUCCUGGGGUUGAGUCUAGUGCAGCUUUCUUCAAAACUGACUAUUCCUGCUGGCUUUAGCUAAAUGGCCUGAUUUUUGCUCUAAAGCAUAAGCACAGAAUGCUCACCUGCACUCAUCUUUGAACAGAAUUGUAAUGCUCACAACCAGUGUGGAUUUAGACUGUUGCCAGGUGCAGGUACUGACGGUUGUGUACAGUAUGUAAUGUGGCAAUUAUUCAACAUCCUUGACAACUUUCUUUUCUUGUCAACUGUUUAGUUUUAGUUUUUGUUUUAAACUCAAUCUGCAACUUAAUGCAGCUUUUAUUAUUAGCCAAUGUACAAUUUAUACCAACAUUAUUUCAGCUCCUUGUCAUCAUGUGACUUCCAAAUGUUAAAUCUCAAGGUUGAAAUGUAUGUUGCUUUUCAGGCUGCCCACCCCUGAUGUUAGCCAGGAUGCCUUUCCUGUUCUCAUCUAUACAGGAAUAAAUGAAAGGAAAUCUAAAUUGCAAAAUGUCUCUAACCUGUUGCAUAUUAAAAAGCUGAACUACAUUAUUGCAUAGUUUUUAGAACUUUCUUUGUGAUUUGUGUCUUCAUUAAUUAAAUGAAAUAAAUUGAAAUUAGUAGAUUUUCAAGGAUUUAAAAAGCAAGAAUACAGUCUUCUGCUAAAUAUAAGGUACAGGAACAAAAAAAACACCAUUUGUUUUCUUAUAGAAUGCCCACUUGAAUGGCAACUUAUGCAAGUGCAUAUUAUGCAUGCACAUAUAUUAUCGCUGUAGAAUUCUAUACAAAGAAUAAUUUUCUGUAUGUUAGCUUGUCAAACAGCUAAGCUUGCUUCUAUCUUUAGUACAAUCUUUUUCUCUUUAUACAUUUCUAAUUUAAGACUUCCUAUAUAUUUUAACUUAUAGAAUGAAACUCAUUGUUGUGGAAUGGCUUUUGAUCUAAGAGAUGUCCAUUAACAUAAGGGAAUGGGAGAUUGUUUUUGCCAAUCCCCUCCUCCUGCUGCAGCCCCUGAACCUCGCAAAAAUGAGUUCCAGAAGUUUGGAGGACCCUUCAGAAGAAUGUGGAAGAUGACAUGAAAAGUUCAGGGGACUGCAGCUGGAAGAACUUGCAAAAAUUUCUUUCACUCUUGAUCAAAUGCCGCUCUACAAGGUUAUUGCCCAUUGCAUAUAUAUUUUAAGAUCUGGAUUAUAUUAUUAAGAUACAAGUAGCAUUAAAAGUGAAAUCCUCAGUUCAGUAAUUCUACUGAACAUUAAUUAAAACUAGAUUGUUUGAUGAUCCAUUGAGGAAGGGUUAACCAGUGAGUGUUCUAUUAUGAUCUUACUUAUCAGUGGUGGAAACUUCAUUGCUAUUUAAGUUACUUUUAUUUAAUAUUUUAAUAUUAUGUUUACUUAGUUACCUGAAGUAACUUGAAGUAACUAAUUCUCUUUGGGUUAGUCCUAGUAUUUUGUUACAAGUUAAGAAUAAUUUGAAGAGUUCCAGCUCAGUUGGUAGAGCAUGAGAGACUUAAUCUCAGGGUCAUGGGUUCAAGUCCCAAGGGCAAAAGAUUCCUGCAUUGCAGGGGUUUGGACUAGGUGACCCUCGUGGUCCUUCCAACUCAACAAUUCUGUGAUUCUAACCAGGGCAUCUUUACAUUUUGAUGAAUUUAAUCUGGGACAGUGGUAUGGAUUUUCUGGAAAAGUUUGAGUGGAAAUAUUGUUUACCCUAUAUCAGCUUGUUAGCAUGCUAAUUUAGCAUGCUUAGAUUGUAUAGUUGGUUCAGUGUCUAGGGGAUAGUAGUCUGAAAAGGUUAGUUGCAACUUUGAAAUUGCCUGUUUUGAUACUGUAUCCAUUCAUGAUGUUGCAAAUAAAAUUUAGGUAACAAUGUACUUUUAAAACAAAAUUAACUGCAGAAAAGGGUGAUACCAAACAGUAGGCAUACUACAAGUAGACCUACUGAAAACAAUGAAAACAUUUAUCUCAGUUAGUCAACUCUGACUUGAAUGCCACCAAUUGUAGUGGCAAAUCUGCUGUCUCACUCACAUCAUUACUAUCUGCAAGCAUCUGUCUAUAUAAAAAGUGUAAUUCAUGUUAUGCUGCAGUAAAUUCACUGAUCAAUUACUGUAUUUUUCCGUGCAUAAGACUAGGUUUUUUCCCUAAAAAAUAAUGUCAAAAAUUAGGGAACAUGUUUUACACGGAUACAUCUCCCCCUACUUUCUCAAAUCUGAAUCCCCUGAAAUAGGGGAUUCCGUCUUAUAGACGGAAAAAUACAGUAAAUAACUUUUCAUCUUAGUUUCAAGACUCCUCAUACUGGUAGGGAAUGAGUUCAUUUAUUUGGGAAAGAGUAAGUUAUUUUCUCUUCACUUUUGCCAUGCAAAUGUAUAGGAUGAUAUCUGGUCAUACUUGGAAUAGACGCAUCAAAAUCAAUGGACUUGGGUAAUUUAAAUUGAUUGGUUUCAAUGAGUCUAUUCAUGAGUAUGACUAACACUGGCUAUUACCUAUAAUCUUGGGUCCAUCACAUGACCUGUGAAAAUUGUGGUGAUGAUGUCUGUUUUCAGCAGUAAGUAGCCAUGGUUCAUUAGAAAAUCUCCAAAAUUCCUAAAUUGACUCUUAAACUGACACCACCUUCCUCUGUAACGACUGUACACCCACAUAAUCUAUUCCAGAUGAUUGGGAGAGGAAAUUUAUUCCACCAUCAGUGUCCAUUCUGCCAGUAGAUGAAUACCAUUGAAUUUUAUUCAUAAUAAAUUGGUGACUUAUUAGGGCUAUCUCAGAUGUCACAAAGUAAUGAAAAAUCAAAACUCUCCUCAAUACUUUGUGACACUUUAGAUGAUUCUAAUAAUUGCAUUGGCCCACUGAUAGGGGUUCCUUGCAAAUAUGCCUAAAUCUUGGUUGCUCUUUGUACCUGUUCUUGCUUGACUGCAGAUGGCAAGAAUUGAACUCUGUAUUCCAAGAACUGCACUAUGGCUUUGUCUAUUCAUGUUGUUUUCUAUGCUGUGAUGAAUAGUUCUGUUUGCCUUUUGAGCAGUGAAAUGUGUGGAACUGAUUAUUGUAUUAUUGGAAAUAAAUCCUGGUGGCUUUUCUCAAUUAUAAUGUUUACUUAAGUUAAAAGAAAUGAAAACUUUUUUUUAACUAAGAAAUGAAUACUUUUUUAUUUCGAGUGUAUGUAUAAAACUUUGUAUUUGUUUCUAAUGAUUAAUGUAUUGUACUUGCCAAUUUGAAUUGUUUAAAAAUGCAACUAUACAGGCACAAAGGCAUGCUUCUGUAAUUAACAGUUUCAUUCACUAUGACAAUCCUAUGAGGACACAAUGGCCUGGUUCAGAAAUCAUGGUAAGACAAACUAUGACUUAACCAGGAUUGUGUGGGAUUCCAAAGAGAAACUUGUGGUCACAUUGCUCCUUUCCUGGCUUUAUUCCAAUGCUAGGUCAAGGUUUUACUUCAAAAUGAUUUCUGAAACUCCGCCUUUUUAUAAAACAAAAGAAGAACCCUUGUUAGCUGGAAAAACUCAAGGCAUUGAGUGUUGCCCAGGCCCUUAAAACUGACUGCUAGUGGUCCCUAAGAAUUCUGACAGUACCCCAUACCUAAAUAGGACUGCCUAUUGUUGAUCUAAAAUAUUUUCCUCAGCUUGCUGUCAAUUAACUUGAACUCAAUUAACUUGCAGUCCUCUGGUACUUAACUUGAAUUAGCUGUUGAAUUCUCAGAGUUCUGCUGUCUCAUUUGGGUGUCUGCUUAGAAUGCACAAAACUGGUUGCUUACUUCAGUUCAGUCUCUUUGGUUCAAAAAUUGAAGUGCUAACCCAUGAAGCUUAUAUGUGACUAUUUGUGCUUGAUUAUUCUUCAUUAAUUUAACAUAAAAGUUGGAGUUCAUUGUUUGACCUCUGAAAAGGGCCUCUAAGGUUCAGUGUUGAACCAGUGAAAUAGUUUAUAGAACUUUAUAUUUAUUUUGGCAGGCAUUAAUCUGGUUAGUUUUUAUGUACGUUUUAUCUACUGCUGUGUUUAUGUUUUAGUAUUCAAUUGGCUUUUAACAUUAUGUUUCUUAAAUUGUGCUUAGUUUAAUUGUUAGCUGCCUUCGGCAUCUGUUGGACAGAAAAGCAGAUUGUUUAAAUAAAAUAUUUCUUAUAGAACUAAAACCUAGGGAUAUCAAGCACAUAGGAAUGAAUUGGCAGUUUUAAAAGCCAGGAAGAUUUUUGGUCAGCUUUUCCCCAUACCCCACUACUGUAUGCCAGGUAUUUUAGCACUCAAGCAGCUAGUAUCUGUAGAUUCCUAUUUUGAUACAAGUAUUACCUGCAGCAAAAUGUUGCAGUAUACUCAGCUCCUGUUCUUUUUAGUCUUCUUUAGGCAGGGUUCAGGAGGAUGGGAAAGAAUGAACCCUCUUUCUUUCUGAUCCAUCUUUGAGGCAGUAUCUACUGUACUAAAGAAUUGGGUCGCAGGUAGUAGAAAAAGAUAAAUAAAAGCAUUUAUUUCAUUCCAUUUAUGAAUUGCUUCCUGUGAAACAGCUCAAAGCAAUCUAACAUUAAAAAACACAGGCAUUUUUAGCUAUUAAGCUUGGAUGAGAAUUCUGGAGAGUAGUAAAUGGAAAAAUCAACUUUAUUCAUUUUCUUUUCACCUCAAACAUCACUGUGUAGACUAGGAAAUAAAGGGCUUAUUAUUUUUUUGAAGAACACAUCACAACACCUGCUUCCAGAAUGCUUUUUCUAAGCUGAUAGGUAUUUGAGCUGGCUAAUUACCUCCCUACCCCCAUUGUAAACACACCCCAUGCCAAACUAGCACCUCAACAGCUUUCUGUCGGGAAGCUAACAGAUGCUUGUCAGGUUUUGGAUGUGGAAAAAAACUUAACUUACAGAUGAAUAUAUUUAUAUACAUGCAGGGAGCCCCCAAGAAAAAGUAGACAGCUCUGUCUUAUUUUGAGGUAGUGUUAUUCCACCUCACCUCGUUCCCAGUGGAAACCAGUGCUGGCAGUUUCACCAGCAAUAUCCCUUCCCUAAGUCAUUUCAGGAAAUCAUUAGUACUCAUCAUCCUGUGGGCCAUACUCAAAUUUGGUACUCAACCCUUGCAGAGGUUACAGAUCGCCUGAAGCUAAAAUCUGAUAAAGUCUGAUGAAGCUAGUGAAUCCUUCUGUACUUAUGAUUGAUUGUAUGAAUCUGUUUUCAUAGACGUUAAUGCAGUAUUACCAACAGUAUUUAUUUUAGGAACCAAAAUCCAUUGCACAAUGCUGAUGGGGUGUUAAUGCCAAAUAUUAAAUGUAUAUUCAAAUGUUAUUUUUAUAUACUUUUGUUUAUUGUGGAGCUUUGUAUUAAAUGUUCCUUUCAAGCACAUGGAGAUCACAUAGUGAUCUACUCAUUGAGCUUUCUACCCAGGUGAAAUACGAUAGCUCUUCUGAAUAAACUACCGUAUGUGCAUCAGUGUACAUUUUAGUUAUAUGUACUGUUUUAUUGUGCUACUCUCAUUUCACAGUGAUGACUUUUUUGACAAAGAGAUGAGAUAGUAAGGAGACUAAUAUAUGUGGGGGGGGGAAUAGUUAAGUCUAGGCUAGCGAACAUAAACAUUUAAAAUCUGUGUCCAGUUUUUGUUUCUGAGCCUGCAACAUAUUUAUUCUGUACAAUCAGUUUCUUCAUGAUGAGGACUGUAGACUAGCCUCUUCUUAAAAGGCAGCCCAGAUUUACAGGAAUACAAACCAUGUAUUUCAGUCUAGAGCUUAUAGUUGGUGAUAGGAUAUAACCACCUAAUGUUUAUUGUGAAUUGUGGCAGAUCUGCCACUUCUGAAAUGGUAUUGUUAUGAUUGUCCCUACUACAUCUGACCUUGUUUAUUUUGAACACUUAUUUUCUAAGGAAUUGGCAUUUCAUUUUCAGAUUGUCUGCAUCAGAACCAUUUUUUACUCUGUGUUGUAACUUUUGAUUAAAGCACUAUACAUUAGCAUAUAAAUUGUAACAGUUCAUUUAUUUUUAUGGGGGAAAUUUUUAAAACAAGAUUUGGAAAAACUAUGGGUGGUGUUUGAUGUUAGUCAUACUUGGAGUAUGUAUAGCUAUUGAAGUAAAUGAAUUUAAGUAACUUUGAUUUCGCUGGGUCUAUUUUCUGAGUAUGACUUGGUUGGGUUUCACUCGUAAGAAAAUUAUGCACAAAUGGUAUGGAGCUUUGUUUGAUUAAAAAAUGUAUGUGUUUGUUUUCUUUAGUGGACCAACUACAUCCAUGGGUGGCAGGACCGGUGGGUGGUCUUGAAGAACAAUACUCUAAGUUACUACAAGUCUGAAGAUGAAACUGAGUAUGGCUGCAGAGGCUCAAUCUGUUUGAGUAAGGCUGUCAUUACAGUAAGUGUUGUUUUAAAGUUUCUUUGUGCCCGUGCUUUAUGUACAUUUCCAGACAAUAAUAAAUAGAAGCGAAUAUGGUAAAAAAAUGAAUAAUUUUUAGUGUAAUCUUCUGUCAGAGCAGUAUGGUUUAGAAAUACUUGCAUAAGAGCUGUCAAUAUUUUUUAGUUAGCUAUAGGAAGAAUAGAAAAUCUUUGCAAUAAUUUUUUUACAGUAUAAAAUUCUGAGAUGCACAGCAAUCAAGCGUGUGCCUUGGAUUCAGGUGAAUCCCAAUUCUAAGUGGGGUGUCUCAUAGGGUUUUUGGGAUCUGUUAGAAUUGAAAUGGGAAGUAUAGGAGAGAGCAAGAGACAAAAGCAGGGACACUGAAGCACUUUACGGUGCCUCAGCAAUCCAGACAUCAGAACAAUUCCUGCUUACCUGUAUCUGUCAAAAACUAAAGUAGCAUCUUCAAGCUUACCAUACAAGGAAUAAUACUGGGGUGGUUGAUGAAGAAGAGAGAGCAGAUACCACUGACAGUUCAAGCUUACAAUCAGUGGGAAUGAUAUUACCCCCAAAAUAAAUCCAUUUUAGUUAUUUGUGACUCCCAAAUCAAAUUUAAAUAUGCCUAGCACAAAAGCCCCUGGACCUAUUUGCCUAUUAUUUGGCAAGCUUUAUCCAUUCUGGCGGGGCUAGUAUGCUUUCAGAAUUCAUCCAUUUAUCUUGGAGGGGGAAAUGCUAAACUACACAUACACACACACACACACACACACACACACUUCCAAUAGUGAAGGGUGUGGAGGACAAAGUAGACCUGGUUGGACUGCAAAGUGAGUUAGGCAAUAAAGUGCCUUGGGCGCUAAUGCACUGUUUUCUAGAGUACCAGAUUAUGGUCUGAACUGAAUCUUGUGACCAGUGUACACACCUAAGAGCAAUAUUGCAGUAAUUCUGAAACCAUCUUAAGACCAGCAUAUCAAGUGACCACAUGAUUGUUUCCUGAUUCAUCAGCAGAUCUGCAUGGAAGCACCCAUGCUCUAGCAGCUCUCAUGCUCUUGGUAUUAAUGUAUGAUUCAGGCUUCAGGUGGCUUCAUCACAUGUUUCUUAAAGUGUAUCAUGGGGCUUAAAAAAAAAAAAGCCUUGUCCAGGCCAGGCUCAAGAGACCUGAAUCGCAUGUGUAAGAACCACAUGUACAGCUGGAGCUUGUUUGUUUUUUAGUGCAGUGUUUCUGCUGCCAAGGAGACAAGCCACUUUUGAAACAGCAGCCUGUCUCUUUUAAAAGUGGGAAAGAUAUGUUUUCUAAGAAGAUUUUGCCAUUCAUUAAUUUGUAAAUAUUUGUGUUAACAAAAACACUUUAAAAUGUCUUGUUGCCCCAUUUAUUGGGGUCUUCUUUUACAUCAGGGGUUGGGAACAUUUUUAAACUCCACAGACCAGAUCCUUACUGUUACCAGCCUAAACUGGCAGGUGGGUGGCCAUGAAACAACAUAAUUAUGAUUUCACAUGGUUGACAGAUGGGCAAUGUAUCAAAAUUGGUUAGUAUUGAACCGUAGUCACUUAAUGAUAUAACAGUGUUUGCUGUUGUGGUUUCAUUAACUACACACUACCAAAUUUUAUGAUUUUGCAAAAACAGCCAUGGAGUUUGCAUCCUAAAAUAUAUUUGGUAGCUAGUGUAAAGUUGCAGCAACAGCUACCUGUAACAUGGCAGUAAUUUAAAGCAGUUUAAUAGUAACCCUCUUCUUUCCUGAAUAAUCCCUGGGAUUAUAUAGAUGAUAUAACUGGUGACUUCAGCUGAUGGGUAGGAGGGCAGGGUUCAAUCCUGCAUUGGUUGUGCACCCUGUUCCCACAUAUUGUUUAGGACAAAAACCCAAUAAAGAGGCUCCUGUCAGUUUAUCUCUUUGGUUUCUAUGUCUUUGAAAGCAGGCGGAUCCCAUAUUUGAUUAUAUGCACUGCUAGUUAAUAAUUAGCUUCAGCUGUUCCUCCAUUAGUACCAUAACAACUUUAUAUGAUACCAAUCUGUACUGUUCAGAUUUGUCAUUAAGAAUGUUAAGUGAGAAAAUUAUUGUAGCAUAGGAUUUAGAAAACCAUAUUGCUGCAGAUUCACUGUCCAGACAUGAAGAAAAUGUUUUAGGUUAAAAUUACAUUUUAAAGACCUCAGAUUGAUAUGCUAGAGUUACACCAUCCCUCUUCCUGAUACUGAAAGAAUUUUUUUCACAGAUCUUUAUCUGCUGUUUAUAAUAAAAUGUAAUAUUUGUGUCAUAAAUUGGUUAGUAUUGAGCCAUAGUCACAUAUAGCAGUGUUUGCUGUUGUAUUUUCGUUAAGUACACACUACCAAAUUUUAUUAUUUUGCAAGAACAUAUAAUUGGUAACAUUGCAACUACAUCUUUUAAAAAUCAGAAGCCCUCAUCUUCUUAGAUUAUUACUUAAAAAUGCUCCAAUCCCUGUAAUUUUGAAGCAACUUGUGAAACUACCUCACUGGUGGAACAUGCCCCUUCACAACAAUUGUUCACAAUUGUGAACAGAUGUACAGUUUCUGAUUCUCUUUCCUUGACCUGAUUGUUUUCUGAUUAUUUAGAGAAGGCUUGGCAACUAUUGUUUAGGAAUUGCUGUGGAACCUGAGAGGAAGUGUAGUGGAAGCAGUAAAUCUUCUGUAUAAACACAGUAGAUGUUGCACUGCACAUUUAUUUACAGCAGAGGCACAGGUUUGCUUCCUUUAUAGGCUGGGGAAAUAGCUGUGAAGCAAUUGCUUUGAAAGUUUUUAAAGGAAAAAUAUAAUUUAUAAUUUUAAACUCACCCCCCCCAAAAAAAAGAAAAAUACCCUUUUAAACUGCAUCUGUUCUACUAAGAUGUAGAUGCCAAAUGCAAACCAACUUUGUGUGGCAACUGAAUCUCUGAAGAUAACCUGUUGGCAGUGAUAUGCCCUCUAACAUUUCAAAUGUGAAAAUAGGGACCCUCCUGCUCAUGAGUGAAUGGUACAAAGCAGAGUGUAACAGCCCAAUUAAGAUUGUCCCCAGUGGUGACUUGGCACUAGUAGAGGCGUCUCCACUUGUGAUAGGCAGGACACCUAUUUAUUACUGAUCCCUCCUACUCAAUGCAGCCCCUGAAAAGCUUCUUUUGAGUAUUGGGAGGAUAUUGGGAUAUACCAUAGAUGGCUAUAGGUUGGAGUGCCUUCAGUUGCCCUGUAAAUUAAGAUUUGGGGGGAAAAGUUUAUUUAAAAGGGGAGAAGGGUCAGGUGAUCCACACCUUGGAGCAUGAAUCUAGUGACUCCCCACCCCCCACAAAUAACAUUCCUCCCUGUCUGGCUGUUGCAUUUACAGACACCUUAGUCAAGAAGCAUCCAAUCUCCCAUUCCUUAUUUUGUGCAGCAGUUGCCAAUCAGGCUGCUGCUUGGUCAUGAUACUCCAGUCACCUUAACUGAGAGGCACCAAGGAGACUCUCCCUCUCUGUUUCCCUUUCAUCUCUGGAAAUCUUUCCAGUUGGUUAGGCCUUCAUGGUCAAGGCAUUCUGAUUAUAGUAGACAAAUCACCUCCAUCCUUCCUCCCCACUUUAGAGCCAGGGAGGGGCAGGGAUCAUUGCACAAUUGCCAGGGUAGUUUCCACCCUCUCUGUCAUUUCCAGAUUGAGUACAAGGCUCACUCUCCGUGGCAAGCAACACUGUGGAAACCUGACUUUGAAACUCCUGAUACAAGCACAAUGUUACAGCUGCAUUUGGCCCUAAAAGCACUGUGGUGUUUUUACAAAAAUUUGCUUGGGUUGAGUGAACAUGGUUGCUGGGUUGUAAAAUAGAAGGGUGGGGGGAGUUGUUGGUCUGUUUGCCGUUGCAAUACAGCCAAAAAAUGUUUCCCUCCAGUAGUUUUUAAAAAAACAACAAAAUAACAUAUUGAUAGAAAGCAUUGAAAAAUAAAUCCAUGGCUGCAAAAUGUUGCCUCGCUGAGUAUUUGUUGUUUAAUGUUAAAACUGUUUUUUAGUCACGUGUGCAGAAUGAGAAUGGGAAGGUGCAAGUUUCAGUAUUUAAGGCUUAUUGGAAUAAGAAAAAUCACAUACUUCAAAACAACUAUGAUAAUACUUAACAAUUGUAUAAUGCCUUCAAGUGCUCAAAAUGUCUCACAUACAUUAUGUAGCUGCAAUCCUUACAACAGUGCUGUGAGGCAGUGGUAGGGAACCUCUGGCCCAUGGGCCAAUCUUGGUUUGCCAUGGGUUCUAGUUUUGUCCUUGAGGCUGGUUUCUUUUUUUAAGCACACCCACUUGUCCAUCAGCUGACAGCACUCCAAUUAGCCGGGGUGGGAGUUUCAAUUCCUCAUGGAACUGGCAUGUGUAGUCAUGGCAGCAGGAUUUAAUCUUCCGCUCAUCAGCUGUUGAGAGGAGACUUAAAUUCUGCUCAGUUCAGCACGAUUCAGUACAAGCCCCUUCUUGGUGACAGGGGUUUGCAUCGAAACCUAUACUAAAAUGGAGGGGCAACCCUUCGUUUUAGCAAGGUGUUCAGUACACACCGCUUGUCAUCAGGAAGGGGUUUGCCUUUAACUGCCUACUUACAUUGAGCUUUUGUCUUCUGUUUUAGCAAAGAGCUUUGAAGUGCUACCAUAGUGACCUCAGGUGAUUGUUAAGUGGAUAGCCCUACCCACCUGUCAAAUUUUGUCUAAACCUAAUAAGAACCUGAUCCAUGGAGCCAAAUGUUUUCCCACCCCUUCUGUAAGCCAGGUCAUAUUUAAGUCGUAUUGCAGAUGGCAGUGUCUGAGGUUGGGGGUGGGGGAGCUUUAGUAAGGUCACCUAGAAGUUCGUGGUAGAGACAAGAUUUGAACCAGGUACCUUCUGAUGCAAAGUUCAGUCUUUUGACCAUUCCAUGGUACAAAGAAGAUAUAGACUGUCUUCUUUGUCUGCACCAGGACUUUACAGCCAAUCGCUUCCUGCUCAUACAUCUCACAAAAGCUGCCCUUACAACUUAGGGUACCCUCCAGAGCAAUAUUGCACCUAGGGGCUGCGGUUGGAAAGGGAAAUUGACUGAAGCAGCAACAAACACUGAGAUUGUAAUAAGUUAUUUGUACAGAAACCUCUCUGGAUCUCUGACCAAUGUUUUGAAUGAAGAAGGGAUUCCAAUAAGCAAACUGAAAACUUUAUUGGAAGAAUGACAACAUUUUGGCCAAUUCGCUGGACUUUAGUGCAAGAUUAUCUGAUCAUUAAGUAGACUGGAAAGCUAUCUAAAACUUGCUACAAGUGUCACACACAAUAGAAUGUUGUGGUGUGGAAUGCUGUUGUUCAAGCCAGGAUUCAAUGCACACUGAGCAUUCUACGUGGGCUGUUUGAGUCCCCCUACUGAUAUCUCCCUCUUGUGCAUGGAUGGGUCUGUUUUUGCUACAUAAGGACUGCCACUCAGAAUUGAGAUCUUUGUUUGUAUAUCUGAUAAAGAAAGCAAUGUUGUUAAGAAUGCAUCUUUUUAAAGUUAAUCUCAGUUUUGCAUAUACCUACGUGGUUAUAAGUGGGCCAGAAUUAUGGUGUCAGUACAAAAUACUCAGUAGUAUUUUCUGUAGCUAGCUAGGUUUGCAUAUUAUCAGUGCUUGGAUGGGACACUUCGGAACCUUAAUGUAUGUCACUUUACGUUGUGUUUAAGAAAUGUUGCAUGUAAAUGUGACCAAUAGUUGCAGUGAUAGACAUUGUAAUGAACUGAAAAUAAUUGCAAUGAAAUGUCAUCCCGUGUCACCCGAAUGAGCUGUAUGUACCUUGUGAAAGCCGUGUUUGUGAUGUUAAUAAGGUUCUUAGUUCAUAAUUAAUUUGUAUACUUUGAAUUUAUUUGUUCCUGUAUUGUGUUUGACCUGAUUAAUAGAGCUAAUAAGAGUAUUAGCAAAAUUUGAACUUUUAUAACCUGUGGUGUGCUUUGUGCAUCCAUUAAAGAUUUAAAUACUAAAAGAAGAGGAAAUUAGGUGCAGUUAAUUAGGUACUUUAGUUUAGGUCCAAUUACAAAAGGUGGGGUAUUUAUGAAUUGGUUAUAUUGGUAGUAAGGUUUAAUAACUAUUCAAAGGAACUAAUAUUGAAAACAACCCUAAAUCUCUACUAGUGACAAAACAACAACAACCUAGGGAGCACAUUAAAUACCAAGCAGUGUUGCCAACUAAAAUAGAUCUCGAUAUGGAAAUUCAGGAAACAAAAUUAACACGUUAAUUUCAAUCCAAGACUUGUAGUGCCUUCUUGAGUUUGCUCAAGUGCCAGAGCUCUAUGGAAGGGAAAGAGAAAGAAAGAAAAAAAACACUAACAUGAGGAAAAUAUGUGCUUGCUAAACAGCAGAGGCCAACUGGUCACUGAGCAGAGGUGCAAAAGGGCCAAUUUCACUGGAGCAGAUGAAGCUUGAGGAGAGGGGGAAAGAGGAAGGAAGAAAAGGUUCUGCAUUCAUCCAUUUUUCUACACACUCUGCUAGGUCAGAUGCUCAGAAGAACUAAAUUCAUUUGGUCUACUCUGAGCAUGACUAACAUUGGAUACAACUCCAUGCAACUUCUUAACAAAUUGAAUCACACACCUUUGUCUUUUAUAAAAUGGCUCUGCAUGACAUGUGAAUGCAGCCAAAGUCUAAAAUCCAGUUGUAAAAUAUUAGUUUUAGCAAUAUCUUUUGUGUUCCUAGACCUGACUAACUUUGUAUCAUCUAUUUUUAAUAUUUAAUGUAGAUGGAACUGUGUUUUAUAGACUCUUAAAUAUUCUGUCACCUAUAGGGUUUCCAGACUCUGAAACAGACCUUUUUAAAAGAUAGAAAGAAGAAAGGAUAUUCUUUGGGGGCCAUUUUUCAGACAGAAAAGUAAAGUUAAACAACUCAGCUAUGUGCAGGGGCCUGUAAAAUAAGCUCUGAAGAGCAGCAGUGAUUGUGUUUGAAUAUGAAGUAAAAUUCUGACAGUAUGCCUGCUGUGUUUAUUGCUGGUUGAACAGGAAAUCAGUGAUUAAUCUGCCUGGCAGAAUCAUUUCCCAACAGCAUUGGUAAUCCACCAUACAAAGCUACUAGCUUCCAAAGAAUACAAUAUUGGAAGUGGCAGGACUGCUAGACAAAAAGUGAUGGAAUUACCGUAUUUUUUGCAUGAUAACACUCACUUUUUUCCUCCUAGAAAGUAAGGGGAAAUGUCUGUGCGUGUUAUGGAGGGAAUGCCUACGGGUGGCAUGCCUACGGAUUUUCCUCCUCUAAAAACUAUGUGCGUGUUAUGGUCGGGUGUGUGUUAUAGAGCGAAAAAUACGGUAUAUAUCCCUUGGGUAGGACAUGGUCUCAGAGCCUUCAACUGGUGAAUGUAACAGACAGUUGCCUCUCAGACUAGGAAGUUUGAGCAAUAAUACUCAACUGGGCACUAGGCCUGGGCAAUAUAUCAAUAUAUCACCCAGGACCGGUAUGAGGAGCAGACCAUGACGUCAGCUUCACUCAGUGGUAUAUUGCUGGGGAAACCGCCACUGCUCCUGAGUCCCUAUGCUCGCAGCGUUGGCUAGAGUUCCUUCCUCCAGCGGGCGCUGCUAGCAGAGGGACUCAGGAGCAGCGAUGGUUUCACCAGCGAUAUAUCGCUGAGUGAAACCAUCAUCCCACUCUGCCCUCAUACAAUGCAAAGGUAGAAACAAGCAAGGUGCCAAUACAACUUGUUCCUCCGUCUGCAUCUUUAAACUGCUCAGCCGAGGAGUGGGCAGCUGCCCUUACCUCAGUCGAGCAGUUAAAAGAGCCCCAGGCCAGCGUUGGCCCCCACAAGCCAGUGGCAGGGUGGGGGCUCAGUGAAACUGCUCAGCUGAGGGGAGCGCGGUUGCUGCUCCCCGCAAUGAAUAGUACCACCGAGGCUGUCUCAGCUGGGGAAGGGGAAUGUUCCUGAUCCCCAGCUGAGCAGCGCAAACAAGCUGCAUUGUCCCAGCCCACAAGUGCCUGAGUGAAACCCCCAGAACUGGGGCAGUUUCACCCAGUGUCUCGUGGGCAGAGACCAAUGCAUUUUGGUUUUUUCAACAUUGUGAUAUAUCGCCAAACCGCAAUGUUUGGCUGGCGAUACACUGCAAUGUUGAAAAGCUGGUAUCACCCAGCCCUACUGGGGACUUGAGCUGGAUGUUUCUUAUAGCCUUAGUCAUGAUUCUGCAGUAACUGACAGUGGUGUCAUAAACAUACAUUAACUUCUGGAAAAGGAGGAAGAAAGGCUGCAUGAAUUAGCAAGUUCACUGGCCCUUCAAAUAGGGCUGAUGCUAAAUGGUGAAUUACAAGUAGCAUGUAAUGGUAGGCUUUAUUGCACGUUGAGCUUGUAAAAAAGAAUGCCAUGUGGUGCACUGAGAUUUUGUUUUCUGCUUGGCUUUGAUAGUCACUCACAGGCAGUUUCAAAUUAUUUGUUGAUCAAAAUGCUCCCUCUCCUGUGUUUGUCUAGAUUAAGAUUUACAAAGAUACAUCCUGCUUUUACAAACUAGCAACUCGUCCUUUAGAGAGGCAUCCUGGAAGGCCUAGAGCAGUCUACAGAUAGACAAGUCUUUACAGCCAAAGAUUUGGAUAAAAAUAGUAAUACAGCACAAUCCUAACCAUCCCUAGUUGGAAGCAAUCACCAACCUUGUUCCAUUGUGGAAGUUCCAUUGUAAAAAUUACAUUAAUAAAUCUGUUAAUGAUUCACUUCAAUUCUCCUUCAAUUGAGGGAAGGCAGAAUCUUCAACUCUGAGGCUCUUCUUCAUUCUGUUACCUGACCUGUGGCAAAUGUCUAUUGUGAUGUUGAAAUUCUAAAUAAGCAGUGCUCAUUGUUAUGAACCUGUCAAAGAAACAACUGCAUUACUAGUUCCAUGAGGUUUGAAUGAGACUUAGUUCCAAUAAUGAUUUGUAAGUGAACUGCCAAAAAUGCUUUCAGAUUUUCUUUUCAUGGAAGGGGAAAUGGAAUAUCACUCAGCUUCUGGCUUCCAUAUUAUGGUGCUCAGGCAAGUAGACAGUUUGCACAAGUAGCUGGGAUGGCAUUUCAUCUCUGACAAACUUACAAGAGAUUUUGUAGUGCUGAGGCUUCAUCUUUCAAAAUAAGUAUUGGCCAAUUGUAUGGAAAUGUGAACUAUGGCAUGUGAGUGUCAUCUUCCAAGCAGCCACAUUUAAGCUUGCAUGAAACUCUGCAUCUAAGAACCUUAGAACACUUCCUGAGGUUUUCAUGAAUCAGGAGCAAUCUGUGCUGCUACUAUGCAAUCUUCUGAGAUCUGGUGUCCUCUGUACCUCUCUUACCACAGUGCUACUGUAUCUAGCUAUACUGGGUUGUUCCCCCUCCUCACAAGUCGCUGUUGUGUUUUUUUAUAGAAACCUUCACUAGUGAGUCUUGAAUAAUCACACAUUUAAGUAAAAGCUCUUAAGGAAGUAGCGGGUUAGGUGAAAUAUGGGAAAUAACCUUAUAGAGAAACUAGCAUUGAGGAGGACAUUCUGUCCUGGUCCACAAACAGAUCACAACUAACAUGUGAUGCAAUUAUGUAAAAGGAGGUGGGAGGCGGCUAUUGCACCAUUGGCUCUUACAUGAAACAGACUACAAUCUUUUGUAUUGUGUGGCACGCCAAUUUGUAUAAUACGAUAGCUAUAAUUAAUCAUGCUACUGCUGCUUACCCUCAAGGGUCUGGACCCUGAGUGAGAACCUGGAGGCUGAUAGAUAGGGUGUGUCAGAAGGAAAAACCAAUUAAUACUGAUUUAUAUAUAGUUUAUAUAUAGUAGUAACUUUGUGUUAAUGCAACAUUUUUAUACGUAAUUAUUUUUGUUUAAUAUAUCUGUUGUUGCUUCAGUUAAGAGAUAUUGUUAAUAUAUUAAACAGUAUAGAAAUUAAAUAAUCAUCAAACAAACAUCACUGCAAGGCAUAAUUAAUAUGUUCCUGCUCACUCUAGUGCAGCCUUCCCAUAGCCUGGUCCUCUCCAUAUGUUUCAUGUAGCAACUCAAAUCAUCCCCUGGCACUGGCUGUGCUGGCUGGGGCUGAUGGGAAUUGGAGUUCAAAACGUCUGGAGAACACAAGGUUCUGCUCCAAUGAAAAGUUGCAUACCACUGAAUUAAUACUUCCCUUCCCAUGAUGGUCUGAAGGGAUCAUUUUAAGCUUUGGGGCUGAAGGAGUGUUCUGCAUGAAUCUGCUCUAUGCUGAAGUCCAUCUGUUGUCAUCAUAAUCAAGAAAUACCAUUUUAAAGGGAAACAUCUAACGUAAUUGGUUUCUGCUGCUUUCAUUGGUUUGGCGUUGUAUGUUUCUAUGCACUGGUUUUUAAUUGUAGUCUGGUUUUUAUUGAAUUGUUGCUGCCUUGGAGAUUGGUGUCUCGGUCAAAAAUACAGGAUAUUAAAUGUGUCAAUAAAUUUUACUUCAUUCUCAGUAGUAAUUCUACUCAUGCAGUUAACUUAUUUUGUAGAUCUUCAUUAAUGUUCAGAGUUUGCUUCAUUAACCUUUCUGUUUCAUAAAGGUACUAUAUUCUGAUUUUUCUUGGUUGGAUCCUGACAGUGCAACAUUAAUAAUCAUGAUUAUCUCAGUUUGGCUGAAUAUAGCAACUGAUAUGAAACAUAAUGAUUAACUUUUAUUGGGUCUUUUAAUGUGAAUUGUCAUCUGCUGUGGUAUCUAUGAUAAAGGCUGGAUAUAAAUAUGAAUAAAUGAAAAUACCUGUGUGGUGUGUGUUGUUUUUUUAAGAUUAAAGUAGCAAAUUAUGGAAAAGGCUUUAUCUGAGAUUUUAGAGAGCCACUGCAUGUCACAGUAGUCCGUACGGGGGUACAUAAACUGAUGGUCUAAUUUGGUAUAUGGUAGCUUGUUAAAGGACUGCUAAGACUGUCACAGAAAAUGAAGCUGGUGAAAUCAGGUUUAACAUGAUUUGGUCCCAGUGAAUGGUCUGGGAGUAUCUGGAGCGGCAGCAUUGCCAAAACUAAGCAGGUAUGAACUUGGUUGGGAAACAAUGAGGUCCGUGCCCCCGAAACAUGGCAAACGACAAGGUGCCACAUGUUAUCUCCUUUAUGUAUAAUUCUUAUUGUUAUAAUGACCUUCCAUUUUUCCUUCCACAGCCCCAUGAUUUUGAUGAGUGCAGAUUUGAUAUUAGCGUGAAUGAUAGCGUUUGGUAUCUACGGGCUCAAGAUCCAGAUCAUAGACAACAAUGGAUAGAUGCAAUUGAACAGCACAAGGUAUGGUUUCUGUUCCUUAGCAAUUAAUAAUGGUGUGUGGUUAUGGAUGAGCCUCCAGGGGCUUUGCUUAAACACUUCAGUGACAUUUCUAUGGCAAAACAGAUGCUGAUGUCCUCAAGAACUGAAAAUCCUAUUUAAGUAUUGUAACCUGUGAUAUGAGAAUGGGUAUAAUGAGUGAAAUGACAAUUAUGUAAGACUUUGCACUUGACAAAUUUAGCAGUAAUGAAAGGCUUGGUGAUACUUGGAAUCAAUGUGUGGCAAUACAGAAAAUAAGCAACAUCAAUUAUAUCCAGCAAAUAAGAAUUUAAACUAUUUUGAGCAAGCUAUCAUAUGCUAAUGGUAAAGUUUAAAAAUAGAUUGUUACAAGGAUUAAAGUAGGAAGAACUUGUAGUGGUUGUUAAAAAUACAAUGCUAAAAGUGCUGUUGAAUUGAUCUUGAAGAUAAUGACUGGAUGUGAUGUUAGUUUUCAAAGGUUUUUGAAACUAAAACUGAACUAUGAUUUAGUUUUUUGUGUUCUUGUAUAGUGGUUAGGCAUAAAGAUAACAUUCCUAAUCAGAUUAAAGUCACACGGUUAAAACAUUUAAUAUUCUGAUUUGGGUCUGAAUGAUGGAUCUGGUGCUUGUGUGGCAGUAUAAGCAACCAGCUAUUGAUUUUUCAAAGGGUAUUAUGAAGUUACAGAAGGAGUGAACUUUCCAUUAAACAUCUUUCCUGGAAAAUCAAAUGUGCUUUUCUUUAUUCAGAACAUUUAUAGGAUGCAUAUUUUGCACGCAAGCCAGUGUUAAAUAAUAUACAAUAGAAUGGAAACACUAAAUGCAUUCUUUCAAAAGGCUAUAAAGUCAACAAAGCCAAAAACUCACAAAGCAACAUCUAAAAGAGCCUCAGCAACUGAACUUGGAGAAAUGGGGGGAAAUGCAUGUGACCAGGCUGCCUGUGUGGUUGGGAUAUGCCUGUGGCCCUUCAGAUGAUAGACUUCAACUCCCAUCAACCUCAGUCAACAUGAUUAAUGGUGUUGGAUGUUUAAAAUGUUGAACAAAAUCAUAGUGCUUUUGGUAUCUGAUGAAAACAAAGUAAUACAACAAUCCAGAACUGUGUGUGAAAAAAUAAUAGAAACAAUAAUACAAUGAGUCUAAUCAGAAGUCAAAUGUGUUUAUUUUGUUUCUCUCUUUUUAAACUCUUCCUUUCACCCUUUUUUUCUUUUUCUUUUUUUCUCUUUUACCCCUUUCCUUUUCUUUUUCGUCGAUUUCUUUUUUCCCCUCCAUACCCUUUUUCUUUGGUCCUUUUCCUUUUGAUCUGCUAAUAAAGAGCUAAAGAGAUAAAAGUUAAAUACGAACAUUUAAGUAAGUUAAAGUGACGUUCUGUAACUUGUCAAUUAUUGUUAAAGAUGGGCAAUUGUAAUGAACUGAUGUAGUUACUGUGGUUUUUCUUGUUACUGUUGAAUCUUAAAUAAAUAUAUGAAAUUUAAUAAAAUAAAAUAAAAUGUUGAACAAAAUCAGGGUGCAGGGCCAGGAAAAUGCAGCAGAGGAGAAAACUCAAAACUGGUCAAGCAUUAUAUCAAAAAAUUAAGCAUAUAUGAAUUUAUGUAGUGAGCCAAAAAAAACACUACCAAAAUAGCUCACACAGCACUAAAAUGGCUCCAGUUAAAUUAAGGUGGUGAGUUGUUGCAGUCUUUUUGGCACUGUAUUUUGCAGUGUGCCCAACUAUCCUAUUAGCAAAGCUUAAAACAAGUUUUCAGUUAUGUUUAAAACAGGGAAAGGCACAGGAUAUCCAGGGCCCAAACACCUGAGAUGAGCACCUCCAGCAAGCACACCUGCAUUUCCCUGAGGUGGCAAACUACAUAUCAUAUGCAAGAAUCUCAUUGCACUUUUAAAAAUAAAAAUAAAGUUGCUUUGGAAGUGAGAAAUAUAACACAAGGAAGCAACAUAACACAGAGAAGGUGGUCAUCCCUGUCUCCAUGCUAAACUGCUUCUCUAUUCCAUGGGCUUUCAAAUGAGUAUCUGUUCUCUCAAAUGGGUGUUUUAAACUCCACAUACAUUCAAUCAAAAAUUGAAUGUAUUAGCUUAACUAUCCCAUGAGGUUACAGCCCAGAGACUUCUGCCCUAACUGUUUGGUAACUAGUGGGCAAGCGACAUUAACCCUUUAUUAUGUGAUUGAAGAACUACUUUUCUCUACUGAUCCAGUAGAGAAAUUCCUAACUGAUGUUGAAAUAAAUGUAUUUUUGCAACUGAGCCUUGUAACAUGGGCUGAAAUCUUAGCUAUGUUGAAGGAGUCAAUCCAGUAAGAUACUAUCUUUGCCUCUCCUUGGACUUUGAGUUGAGGCAGAUAACUUUCUAGAAAUACUGUAUUCAGGACUUUGUGUACUGUACUUUGCUCUCAUAUCAUUUUAAAAAAAAGUAAAUCCACAAAGCAGCACUUAGAAAAUCAAGCACUUUACUAUAUUUUAUUGGCUGCUUUUCUGCUAAGAUUCCCCAAAAGGUUUCAAGUAAAACGUGUGUAGACAAUGGAGAUAGAAAACACAAAGGGCUAAUUUCAAACCUAUCUGAUGUGACUACCCGAAAUUAGAUUGCUCUGCAAGAACAAAUAUAAUAUAUGAUAUCCUUCAUGAUUAAUCAGAUUAUCCCUUUAGAGCCUUUGACAAUACUACUAGGUUGUGUGGAUGGCAAUUAGAGUUAAUACAGAAUCUUCCAAGUGUAUCUAGGAUUCUAGCAACUCAGAAAUGGAGGUGAGCUUCACCACCACAGCUUGGCAAUAGCUAGCUAGAAUUUGGGAUAUAGCAGAGAUUCUGAAAGAAUAUGUACUUUGGAGAGAUAGAAGACAGAGAAAAAAUUGAAUUACCGGUAAACAUUGAUUCCCAUUUAGUACCUGUAUAAAAUCCUGAUGCAGCCUGGAAAAAAUGAUCAAUGUAGAAAUUUCUUCCUGCUGUAAAACAUAUCUAUUUAUACAUAAUUAUAUUUAAGUUACAUAUACCUUUUCUACUUUCACAUUUAUAUAUUGAUUUAAGGUGAUUGUUCUAUGUCUGCUUAAAGAUAGUCUGUUCUAUUUCUUUAUACACUAUUCAAGUUUUUGAGAUAUCUGAAAAUGUAUGGCUAGAGAGCUAUAUGCAACUCUUGUUAAAAAACAAGUAAGCAAGCAAACUUAUUUUCAUAUGCCUAUUUCAGUACAGAGCUUAGUAGUAGAGCACAUGUUUUGAUUGCAAACCAAAAGGUGCCAGUUUUGCUCCCUGUCUGAAAUGCUGGAGAAGCAUUUCCAGUCUAUCUGGCCCCAAUAGUCUCACUUGGUGUAAGCAGCUGUCUAUAUUCCUAUUACCUAUGCUUGUAUGGGGCAAAGUGCCACGGAGGGUAUAGAAGCCCAUUUGCUUCUGACUCUGGGAUCUGAUACUUUGCUAGGCAGUACAACUUUCAAGACUAAAUCUGGGGUAGGCAACUGGUGCCUUCAAGGUUGUUGGAAUACAUUUUCCACCAGCCACUGCUUUGGGGCUUUCCAUAGGCAGCUGGCUACUGUCCGAAAGGGGAUGCUGGACUUGAUGGACUUUUGGUUUGAUCCAGCAGGGCUCCUCUUACUAUUUGAUCCAUAGCAAUUUUUAAAAGCAAACGUUUAUGCAAGCUUUGUUUAUAUGUAGAGCAAGCUGAGAUUCAGGAUGCAGAAUUCUGUGCCCGGUGAAAAACUGUAUGGUGCAGUUGUCACAACACAAAUAAUGAGGGUGCCCUUAUUAUAUUCCAUAAAGAGAUGCAAUAAAUUCAAUAGCGAGUGUUUCAGAACAAUAGAAUUGGCAGGAGGGGUUUAAGCAUUAUCUUUUACAAUGUGUCCAGAACCCUGAGGUCUGCCUCGUAUGCAAGCUUUACUCUGAAGUAGCUAGGUCUGAACUCUCUAUAAAAAUAAAAUCUAACCUUGAUUUUAAAUUAAGAAACCUGAAGCUGUACAGGCUUUUUCAGCUAAAGCCAGACAUGUAUGAACCUUUAAUCAUUUAAAAUUAGGCUGUUUUGAAAACAUUUUUAAAUGCAGAGUAACCGGAAUAUAAUAAAAGCAUGAUAAAGGUUACUGUUGGACUUUGACCAAUAGUAACCUUAAGCAAAGUCUUCAUCUUCUUUUUAUUGCUUCCAUCUAGUGGCCACUAUUGUUCAUGACAUGUCAUUCUUCAUCAUUAUUUUCUUCCCAAGAUUUUAGUUUGCAGUCUGGUGUAGUCACUUCAUCUAAAUGGCAUAGUUAUGAUUUUCUGUUUCAAUAUGAGGAAAGAUAAUAAUAGUAAUUUUAUUAUAUAUACUCUGCCCAUCUGGCUGGGUUUCCCUGGCCACAUGAAGUCUCAUGUGAUCCAUGUGAGUGUGUGCUUACAUGUAGAUAUGCAUAGUUAGAUCAUGUGUAGGUGAAUUGCUUUCCUGAAGCCAGUAUCUUAUCAUUAAACCUAAAUACAUUUUCCUGAUCUAUCCAUCCAGUUUGCUUAAGAAACUGUUUCUAAUCUGGUCUCAUAAAGUAUUCCUGCAGCUUUGGUAUUUGAUGAUUGUACCAGCCGUAUGUCAAAACUCUAUCUCAACAUGGUCAUAUGUGAACAACAAAAUACGUUUAUUUCAAAGUAUUUCAAAGUUUAUUUCAAAGUAUUUCCCAUGCCUCUUUUGAGAAAGCAAGUGCCCAGUUUUUGUGGUUAUGAAAAGAGCUUUUUCUUUACAAUUCUUUGAACAGUUUCCCGCUUCCUCAUCCAUAUGUGUCUCCUCAACAUCCCAUUGAGAUCUGUUUGUGGAUUUGUUCUAAGGAGUAUGGCUGCUCUUCAGUGCCAUCAGUCCCUUCUCAGUCAAGACACCCUCCUUGAGCAGUGCCAAAGGAUGUCCUCUGUUCAAUUCCUGUCUCUGUCAUUUGGGGCAGAACAGUUCCUCCUAAUGAACGACCCCUUUAUGUUGUCUGACUUUCUGCCCAAUUCCUCUUCACCCUCUUGUUCUGAGUUCCAUCAGAUUCUAGGUGUAUGAAAUACUACUAUUGGUGAACUUGCACCUCUCCUUUAAAUCAUUCAGCAGUGUCUUUGAUGAUAUGUGUGUGCAUUCUGUGAGAAUCUUCAUUGCAUAACAGCUUUCACCAGUCUUAUUUUCCUAUGCCUUCCUGUUUUUAUUCUGUUUUCAUUCACAUAAAUCUUCCUCUUACCUACUUCAAUAUAUUAUUUCACUUUGAUGCUGCUUAACUUUCUAUCUCCUUUUAUAACUUGAUUAAUAAAGUACAGGUCAAGCAAAGUGGUAUUUCACAUGUAAAGAGUGUUGCAUAGAAUUAGUGUCAAGCAUCUGUAGUGUUUUAUCCUGCUACUUCCCAAUUCCUAGGUGUGGCUUUCUAAUUGGAGAAGAAUAGCUAUUUGUGUGUAGCUGUUAUGCAAUAUGUAGGCCAGGCUAAAAAAAAGUCAGUGGGUGAAUACAUUAAGCUUCAUGAGGGGUUAAAGGAAAUUUAUCUAAAUAUGGGAAAUCAGGGCGUGGGACCAGUGAUGCUUCCUAUGAGUCUGUGCUUUUUCUCUCUGAAGCAUUACUGACCCACUUAAGGAAAUCCCUAUCGGACGAUUGAGUCAGCAGUGAAGGUCUGAUGUGAUUGAAUACUUAAGCUAUUGUGUUGCUGGAUGCUGUUUCACUGAUGGUGUGCUUUGCUGCUACUGCCUGCACCAACAGAAUAUUACACAAGGCUUUAGGAUCAUGUGGCUUUCCCCUCCUCGACUGUCAACCUAUGAAAGAGCUUUCUGAAAGGAAUAAUGGAGUCUAUUCAGAGAUGCAAAAAGCUGGUGAAGAUGUUGCAGUGUGCUUUGUUAGUUCUGAGUAUAGCUUUGAGGCUACACCCAUGCAUGGAUAUUUGACAAAAUGGCUUCUGGAUGUUCAGCAUGGUAAUUGGCGUUAGGGUUUAAUAUUGUGCAUUGAUUGCUACAAUAAGAAUGAGCAAUUCCUUUAAUUUCAAGGUAGUGACUGUCAGCUUUUCUGUUGAGUAGACUUUGGCUGCCUCUGUUUUAGCAACGUGGAUUAUUCAUACUUAGGGUGGAAGACGCUUUUAUCAACAUUUUUCAUCUUGAUUAUAACGGAGUUAUUCCUACAGUGAAUUACUAAUGAUCUGCUCUGCAAGACAUAAAAAGUUCGGCAUUGAACUGCUCCGCCUUAGAUGCUGCAGUCAUAGAAUGGUGGGGCUUUGCAUGAUGCUUGCUUUUUCUUCUUAUGCUUUUUGCAUGUGCCACUAACUGCUACACAUAUAUCUCUAUGCACUAUUAAUAUUACUUCCUUUUCUGAAGCCCCACUGCAAUUCCCCCCAUAUUUAGCUUUAUCUUCCCCCUACCCCACCGUGGUAACUAAAAAUAAUUGUUUUUGUAAUUGUCAUUAAUAGUCUCAAAAUAUGCAGAUGUUAACACUGCACGUUACUCUCUUGUCCUUGGUUGUUGUAGCAGAUAAAAUUGUACAAGGAGUGCACAUAUUGUAAGUCUUAAGUACAAUUAGCAAAACCUGACUCCAAUGACACACACCUCAGUUGCACAUCAAGAAUGAAUUACUGCAGUGCACUCUGCACUGGGUUAUUGCUGAAAAGUUUGGGGAAGGUGCAUUUGGUUCAUAAUGCAGCAGCAAGGAUGUUAUUGGGCACACACCCAUGGGAUCAUGUUACUCUUGUCCUACAGUGUCUGCAUUAACUUCUAAUUUGCUUCUGGACACAAAUCAAAGUCAAGCGUGGGAGCAUGAUUGAUGUCCACAAGAGUUAAGGCCUUCUCAGUGACUGUAGCAAUACUGUGGCGAUACUCUGCCCUGUCUUUGUAAAGCAAAUAAUCCCUUCUCUGGCUGUCUCUCAUGCUGACAAAGACAUUUUCAUUCUGGCAGGUUCUUCCCUGCUAAACUUCAUCUGUGGUAGGCAUUUUUAUCUGUGAACUCUUGUUUCUUUAAAAUGUAUUUUACUAUUUGUGUAUUGAGUAUUUUACUGUUUUGGAAGGUCAGGGAGGGUUAAUACAUGUAUGCAUACUUUUGACUUCUGGCAAACUCUUCAUGACAGUGACUAGUUAAAAUCCUGGGGAACCACAAGAUUCAGGUAGGGAACAGAAGACUUAUUAAUAGGCUGCUCCAAUGAAAUACGCUUACUCUUGUGUUGAAUUUACACGAGGUCUUGGCACAUCAUGCCAUAUAUUGAUACAUAUACUGCAUCGCCUCCACUCAUCUGUCCUCUUCGGCUCUCCUUUUUCUACUACACCAAAUCGAGUCUUUCAUGCUUAAAGUUGAAGUAGUGUAUAUUAACUUGGCUGCAUUUCUCUAAGCACUAUCCUGUUUAAAGAAUAUCAUUUUUGAAAAAUCUCUUUGAUGGGGAUUUGCCUCUUUACAUUUCAUAAUUAAUGUAUGUGUUCCUCUUUCUUCAGACUGAAUCUGGCUAUGGAUCAGAGACGAGCUUACGGCGCCAUGGCUCUAUGGUAUCCCUUGUGUCUGGAGCGAGUGGGUAUUCGGCAACAUCGACCUCCUCAUUCAAGGUUAGUGACAAAGAACAUAAAGGUCUUACAAAUGAUUCCUCAUCCGUACCCCAAGUUGCAUGCAUCUCCUGUGAUAACCUCAUAAUGAUGUAUUUUUGCUGUUUUGUCUACUUAACUUUUUAUUGAUUUUUUUCGUUACAUUAUUGCCUUGUGAACUGCCUUGGUAUUUCUUUUGAAAUGAAAGUUGAUAUACAGUGGUGCCCCGCAAGACGAAUGCCUCGCAAGACGGAAAAACCGCUAGACGAAAGGGUUUUCCGUUUUGAAGUUGCUUCGCAGGACGAAUUCCCCUAUGGGCUUGCUUCGCAAGACGAAAAUAUCUUGCGAGUCUUGAGAUUUUUUUUUCGCUUUCCCCCCCCUUUAUCUAAUCUGCUAAGCCUUUAAUAGCCUUUAAUAGCCUUUUAGCAGCUAAUCCCCUAAGCCUUUAAGCCUUUAAUAGCCGCUAAACCGCUAAUAGCGCUAAUAGCGCUAAGCCGUCAAUGGGCUUGCUUCGCAAGACGAAAAAACCGCUAGACGAAGACUCUCGUGGAACGGAUUAAUUUCGUCUUGCGAGGCACCACUGUAGAAACUAAUACAGUAAAUAAAAAUAAAUAACAGCUGAAUGGUUUUAACUUCUGGGUUUUCAGAAGGGCCACAGUUUGCGUGAGAAGCUUGCUGAAAUGGAAACCUUCAGAGACAUAUUGUGUAGACAGGUUGAUACGCUACAGAAAUACUUUGAUGCCUGUGCUGACGCUGUCUCCAAGGAUGAACUUCAGAGAGAUAAAGGUAUUCAGCUUAAGUUAUUUAAACAAAAGGCAUCACAUUCUAGGGUCUGAUAGGAAAGUAACAAGUGUUACAAACUGUCAUAUUUGUAACUUUUGUUUUAAAAAAUUGACAAGUCUAGCACAGCAUUGCCCAACCUCCUUCAUUAAAGGUAAUUGUAUACUUGCUUCACAUACACUUUCUUCUGCUCUCUUCAGAUCCCCAUCUUCUCUUCCUCUUCCCACUAAUGCUGUUGAUAUGUGUGUUUUUCAUAAUUGCUCUUUCACUUUACCAGUCAUACAUGGGAUGCAUAGGCUUACCGCAGAGUCAUUUGUAGAUUGGCAUUUAUGCUGAGUGCACAUACACAAUGGACUUGGGUUACUGGUGCAGGAUGUAAGGCCUUCCUACACUGAUGUAAUACAAGUUCCCUGUGACUAUUCACAUUCCAUCACAAUAGGGUUACAUUCAGAAGUAACCCUGCAGUAAAAUGCUAAUAGAGUCAUAAUCACGAAAACAGAAACUUGUGCAUUGCUGCUCUAGUAGUAGUAGUAGUAGUAGUAGUAAUAAUAAUAAUAAUAAUAAUAAUUUAUUAUUUAUUAUUUAUACCUCACCCAUCUGGCUGGGUUCCCCCAGCCACUCUGGGCGGCUUCCAACAAAAUAUUAAAAUACAAUAGUCUGUUAAACAUGAAAAGCUUCCCUAAACAGGGCUGCCGGUAAGUGUGGAUUAGAUGCAGCUUUAGUGAAAGCAGUGCUAAAAUGUCUCGGGUUGGAAGGAAAUGUCACUACUUGCUUUGAUGCACAUUUUGCUGUACCUGGCCACAUGUUCACUCUGUGUUUUCAUAUUUCACAGCAAAACUUAAUAGAAAUGUAGCGGUGGGGGUAGCCAAGGGUUCUUUUGUUUCCGUCAAGAAUCCAAAGCUGCAAAGUUACUUUGAGUGAUGUCACAGAGCACAUGAUGAAAUAUCACCUCAAUUGUUUUGCUGAACAGAUGUGUCAGAAUAGCCCUCAGUGUGGCUGAACCACCAGUAUCCCCAGCAUUUGGAUCCCUGCUAGCCUUAACUUCCUGUUGCUUGUACAUGAUAAAAAAAUAAUAAUUUAUGACCAUGUUGCAGUGUACACUGAAAUUAUACAGUGAAAUUACACACACAUAAGAGUAGUAGUAGUAGAGUAUGUCUCGUUGACUCUCCAGAUACGACUGCACUGGCAAAUUAUUUUUCUACUGCUUUUUCAAUUUCCUCCAAGGCCCAGUAGUAAUCAAUGCUUCUCUUUGUUGUAGUGGUAGAAGAUGAUGAAGAUGAUUUCCCUACAACACGCUCUGAUGGGGAUUUUUUGCACAAUAGUAAUGGAAGUAAGGAAAAAUGUGAGUACGCUUAAAUGUAUGGUUGUCAAAAUGUUCUAAAGAUAUAAGAACAGUGAUCCUGAAGCAAAUUAGCCACAAAAUAACUGUUCUUUAGAGACUUACAAUGGAACCCUAUGCAUGUCUUCUUAGAAGUAAAUCUUAGUAAGUUCACUGGCACUUACACCCAGGUAAGUUGGCGUAUAUUGCAGCUACAGAGUUCAAAAAUUCUUCAGAGUUUCAGUAAAUGUGCUCUGGUAAUAAAUUAUGUGUUCCACUAAUAAAUUAUAUGUACUGAUUUGUAGUUUAACAACCUUCAGUUGCAUCUCCUAGGUUAGCCUUCUGUAGAACUGUGGGGGAAGGAUCUUCUCUAUAAAACUAGUUAACAAUCACAAAGUUUUAUUUCUAACUUGAAAUACCUCCCCAUUGGCUGUAUCUCUUUAAUUUGAAAAUAGAUAGUGACUAAUUCCCAUGUGAUCAGAUUUAAAUAAAAGUUGCCUCAUCCCAGUUGAUUGUGCACAAUUAUGUUUAGGUGGGCAUCUUCAGCUGUCACUUUGAACUCUCCUUUUUUCUUUUCAUUAGCAUUGUAAACUACACGUACAUCUUGUCAUGAAAUAUGACAGGUAUUUUAAACUACUUAGACACGUGUUCGGGGGAGGGGGUUAGUUUGCUUUCUUUCUGACUACUGAUCUUGUACUUGGUUGUGUUUCCUUGCUUGAAAAGAUGUAAAAACCUUUAUCUUACUACUUCCACCACAAGAUGAUGUGUUGAGAAUUUAUGCAAACAUGUAUAGAAUCCUAUAAUUGUAGGGUUGGAAGGGACCCUGAGGAUCCAACCCCCCUGCAAUGCAGAAACAUGCAGUUGUCCCAUGCAGGAAUCAAACCUGCAGCUUUGGCAGUAUCAGCACCAUGCUCUAACCAACUGAGCUACUGUGUUCUGUUCUAAAAGAGGGGCAAGAGCUAGGCUGCUCACGGAAUUGUACAGAUGAGGGAAAUGUGGCCCUUCAGAUGCUGAUAGGCUUCAACUCCCAUCAGACCAAGCCAGCAUGCCAGUAGUCUGUGAUUAUGGGAUUGGUGGCCAACCAGGUGUUGGGCUGCAGGUUUUCACUGGAGCCAGGCUGAAAACAGGUUUUCUAAAUUUAUACCUGAAGAGCAAUUUCUCUGGGGUCCCUCUUCAUCAGGUAUAGGCAAACUCGGCCCUCCAGGUGUUUUGGGACUACAGCUCCCAUCAUCCCUGACCGCUGGUCCUGUUAGCUAGGGAUGAUGGGAGUUGUAGUCCCAAAACAUCUGGAGGGCCAAGUUUGCUUAUGCCUGCCCUUCAUGGAUCUUCAUAUGAAGACUUUGAUGCAGAAUGUUACCAUGGAGCUGCCACUUUGCCAUGGCUUCCCUGUUCAGUGGUUUUUCAGACGCAACUUCACAUAGAAUCCCAGAACUGUAGAGUUGGAAGGGGACCAGAGGGUCAUCUAGUCCAACCCCCUGCAAUACAGGAAUCACAGCUAAACAGCAGAUAUACCAAAGGGCAGGAAACCCGUUCUGUAUGUGGGCACAAAGGGAUCUUGUGACCCAGGACAAAUUUUACUAGCAUAUGGUCACAGAAAAAACUAAUACUACUUCUGUGUACAAAUAAUUAAAUAGAUAAAUAAAAAACAGAGUAAUGACUAAUUUUUAAUCUCUUUUCCAUUUUUUAAAAAAUAUCCAGAGCUAUAGAAGCGUACUUGACUAGUGGGGGAGGGAGAGUUGGAAUGAUGAGGUUUGUGAACUGCUAUCCUUCAUUUUAGCUUUGGAAGAUUGAGUGAUUAUGAAGACACGGCUAUUCUGUGCAUAGUCGUCUUGAUUCUUCCUGUGUGGCACUUUCUGUAGCUUAUUUAUUAUUAUUAUUAUUUUCUGUUUGUUAAUAUUGAUUUAAGCCUCUUGUAUAAAGCAAAAGCUUUCAGUAAUGUGUCUGAAAAAAUAUAAGCUGCAAGAGGACUUGAAGCAGCAUCCUCUGAAAGAUUAUGCUUUUUUUGUAUCUCUUUUCAUUUUUAAAAUGGUUUUGAUCCCUUAAGAUGACUCCAAAAGCGACAGUAGGUGAGUGGACAUUUUGGCUGUUUCAUGUGCAUUCCUUGAAUGGAACAGACUGAGCUGAAAUUGUCAAUGCCACCACUUCUCUUUGUCAAGUAAUGGCAAGUCUGGAAUGUUACCUUGAUCCCUGGGCAGGGGGAAGGCUGAAUGUGUCAGCUUUUAUCGGAGCAGAUUCUUUUGACCCAAGGUCUAUCCACUAAAUUUCAGAAGCUGCCAUUAGCAGUUCACCCUAUGAUAGCUCUUACAGCAUGGGCUGGAAAAAUCUCUGCUUCAGACCUUGUCUCAGCUAUAAACUUGCUAGGUGACCUUAUCUUUCCACCUCCACUCCCCACCUCCCCACUGUUUCUGAUACAUGGCAACAACCAAGUAGCUCUGGUACUCGCUGCAAAUGUAUGUGAAGCCUUUGGAGCAACUUUUAAAUACUGAACUCCAGCCCUGAAAGGGGCUAGUUUCAGUUACCAAUUAGAUUACUGAUUUAGAUUGUACAUCUGAUUUGGAUGUGGUUGAUGCUCUGAGUAUGCCAUAUAUUGGACCAUGCCAUUCCUAAAUGCAGCCAGCUCCAGUCUUAGUGUGUCAACGCAUGAUUUGAACAAUAUGUUUUGCCACAGUUAAUAUAUGUUGAUGUAUUUUUAUAACAUUCUCUCUCAUAUACUUUUAAAUAGAUCACUUUUUUUUAUUUAAACAAGCUUAGCAACAGAUGGCUGAUGCGGAAUUCGAAAUCACUGUAACUAAGGAGAAUUCAUUUGUUGAGGUAUAUUCAGAAAGUGUCCUUCCACUUCAGAGGACAUCUUUAGAAACCUGAACACUUUUUCUGAGGGCAUUUUUCACAGUUCACGACAAGAUUCGAGUGCACGUUAAUUAUUGGUUUUUAAAUGCUACAUCUGCUAGGCUUUAAGGUAGUUCUGUUUUAAUCAAGCUGUCAAAUUGGUGGUAUUGUUACAAGAGUAUUACCACUUCUGCCACCCACAUGGCUUUUUUUCCUUUCAAUGCUGCUAUACGGCACAGAAGAACUGAGAGAAUACAGUACACUAAAGAUGUAGCUGAAGAAGGACAUUUCUCCUGUUGAGUUUCCUCUAUGCUUUCCAAAUAGGUGAACUCUAAUGGUUUAAACUGCACACAAGCCAAGCAUGCAGUAAAUGCUUUAUGAGGUAAUAUGCAUUUGAGCAAAGCACGGUUUGUACUGAUAAAUCUCUAAUCUGUUUGUUUUAGUGUUUCCACAUGUAACGCCCAAAGGAAUAAAUGGCAUUGACUUUAAAGGGGAAGCUAUAACUUUCAAGGCAACGACUGCUGGAAUCCUAGCUACGCUUUCACAUUGUAUUGAGCUAAUGGUAAAACGUGAAGAAAGCUGGCAGAAAAGAUUGGAUAAGGUAAGAUUUCACUGCCUUUUGAAGGGUUAAAUGGCGUGGCUUUGGCUUCAGGUAAAUUAAGGGUGGUAACUUGUGUUUACAUGCAGUUAUGUACCUUAAGGUUGUUUUCGACAAAAUGGUUUAAAAUGCCAGCACUUCCAUCUAUUGUAGCCAUGUUAUUUAGCAAAUAUCACAUGUUGCUUGUUGGUUCUCCAUCCGCAGACCUGAUUGCAAUCUGUUAGUGUUGUAUGUUUGAAGUGUGCUUCUUACAAUUUGGUGUUUAAGAAGCUUUAAACAGGAUUAAGCUUCUUAAAAAAAAUAUAAAAAUAUUUGUGCUAAUUUUCCUCAUGCCCUGUGUUAGCCAUAUUGCUUGUUUGUGAGUAGUGCUACAUAACUCUGCAGUAUGUUUUAACUCUGUGUCCUGGCGUGAAAGUCUUCUUCUUUGGCGAUCACUCGUAGCCGAGUUAGAUUGUCUUCCAUAAACACAGUUAUUAACAAUGAGUCCGUAAGUGACUGCGAAGGCCAAUUCUGGAUCCACACAUCCUUCACAGUGGAGACAUAGGUUUCCGGGCGGAAGUUGAUCAAGGUGAACGUAGCCUCUCAAAAUCUGUUUUGUUUUCAAUUGCUAUAUGAUAUUUUAGUUAAAGGCUAAAAUUCCAGUUGCUCCAAUAGCUUUCAUCUUGAGAACUUUUUUUGUUGCCUAUUCCUCUUACCAUUUGCAAUAACCCAACAGUUUGUUAUGCCUCUGCAUCUUAUGAUGCAAUAUAGCAAUUUAUGAAGAUGCUAUCACAGUGUUCAAUUCUUGUUCCAAUAUGAGAUUAGAAAUAAACUUUUGCCCUUGUGUGUAUUCUUACAGGAAAUUGAAAAAAGGAGGAGAAUAGAAGAAGCCUACAAAAAUGCUAUGACAGAACUUAAAAAAAAGUCUCAUUUCGGUGGGCCAGAUUAUGAGGUAGGAACUGGUGAUACACGGUAGCUCUGUCCCUAGGUCAUAAGCAUAAGGUAGUCCUGAGGGAAAUCUUAGAAUACCAGGCAAUGAAGUUCAAAUAUUUAUCUUUUUUCAAUAUUUACCCUGGACCAUGAAUACCUGGAAGCAAGGUUUCAGUGCAGACUUCCUGCGCAUCAAGAAAGGGUUGUGACUUAGUAGAUUUGAAAGCACAGUAGCUUAAAUACACUUCUUGCGAAAACCUUUCCCUUACUUUUUAAUCUGUGAAUAAUCGUAAGGGCGUAUCCCCAAUGCAAUCCAUUGUUCUAUUUCUCAUUCUAAGUCUCAUUAAAUAUAAGGAGACUGAAACAUUUGUAGCUUUUCCAGAUUAUGGACCCAGUUUCAAAGAAUGUGGAAUGCAAAAGACCCCACCUGUCCAUUUUAUCAGACAUGUAUAUACUAUAAAGCUUGUUUGAAAGAAGUGGCGGCGGUUGAAAGCAUUGUAAUUAUUCAUUUAUACUAUGCAGAUGAACCAAGUACUUCCCAGUCAUGUGGUGAUAACAAAUACGACUAAGAAGUUGACUCCAGAGAGUUUGAAGAACGUUUGUUAUAGUGUGAAGGUUUUUACAACUAAAAUCUUGCAUAUAAACCCUUAGCUAGAAUAGUAAGAGAGCUUAGGAUUGUCCAUCUUAAAUCAGGAUUCUGUUCUCAUUACUUAGGACAUGUACUUUUAUGAACAGCCCAACUUUCCAUGUAUGUGCUUAAGCAUUAUUCAGAUUUGCUCUUGGUACUGCAACUCCUUCAGUUCCUUACGCUGCUGUGUAAGAAAGAGGAUUGGGGGAUGUGUGUGUCAAACUCCAGAGUGUGGGUAGUGCCAGACAUAUAUUGUAUUAAAAUGCAUGAGGAGUAAGAGAUGCAAAACUAGCCCAACUGCUUCAUGCUGCUUAUGAGCUUUAUUCCCCAGCAGUUAUGUGAAUAAAGAUGGUAGCAGAGACGGCAGCAGAUACAGACACUCCAGACCUUUGUGGGAGUAGGAGGACAUUGCUCAGAAAUGAGAUAUGGCCCCUCAAAGCGCCCCUGGUGCCAUCCAGUCAAGGCUGAGCUCUUUAAGAACCAUUUAUUUCAGUAGUGGAGAUUUUAGCAUUAACUUCUGUGACACUUGACUAUACAAGAUGCACAGCGUGAAUUGAUAUCAAAUAAUGCCAGCCGAGAAACAGAAGUUCUGGACUUCAGAAUUUCUAACACAUCACCACCAGUUUGCAUUUGAUAUUUGCUUGCUUAGUGGCAUUUUCUCCCUUCCAGUAUCCUUGAUGUUUACUGUUCCUUGUCCUUUACUCUUAGGUCUGUGUCCUCUUAAAAUUGUGGUUGCCAGUGCUCACCUAGAUCUAGUCUUGUGAUCCCUGUAUGGUAGUUCUCUUGCUUAACAAGCAGCUUGAACUACUACCUUAACAUGGGAAGACAGUAAUAGAAUCCCAUGUUCUCGCCACCUUAUUAUAAAUACGUGAAAAGGUCUAUACUAUAUAUCAUUACCUUUAUGCUUAAUAUUUAAACAGAUCUGUAGAAAGUUGACGCAAUUGUUUUAUUUUUGUUUUGAACUGUCUAAACAGCUUUUUACAUGAGCAUUUUUAAUGAAAUACUUUUUCCCUAAUGAAGAACUUGGAGUGCAUUUGGUUUAUUAAAAAAUGUCAUUUUGUACCUGCUAUCGACCUUUACUCGUGUUUGUUAUAGGAAGGUCCCAACAGUCUGAUUAAUGAAGAAGAAUUCUUUGAUGCUGUAGAAGCUGCUCUUGAUAGGCAAGACAAAAUCGAAGAACAGGUAAUGGAUGUUUCUCUAAUUAAGUGAAGAGCAUGUAUGCCACAGUGGAGUUUAAUUAAGCCCCUUUAAGAUCACAUAUUACGCUCUUGUCAGAAGUAUAACCUUGUCUGUGGGUUCAUGCAGCCAAUAUAACAUUUCAGUUCAUUUAUUUUAGAACCUCACUUUAUUAUGUAAAAAUAUGUGUUCAGAGCAAAUAUUCAUAGUAGUAUUCUGCUGUCUAUACAUGUGAAUGUGCUGCAGUACUUUUAUUAUGAGCAGAGUGAACUUAGGUCAGUUUACUAAGCUCCCUGCAUUGUAACUUUUCUGUUUUGUUAAUAUUACAGACAAGAGACAAUUGCUGUCUGUUUGCAGCACGGCCAUUAUCUUUAAGGCUUUGCAUUCUUAACUUACGGGCUGGAGUGCCAUGUCGUGCCUGCCAUAGAUAGAUAAUAAUUUUUAGCAUUUCUGUGGUAAUUGUUCACGAUACGUCCAAAAUUACAAACUAAUAAUUAUACCUUGUUAUUUUAGUCCCAGAGUGAAAAGGUCAGAUUACACUGGCCAUCAUCAUUGCCACCUGGUGAUGCAUUUUCUGGUGUGGGGACUCACAGAUUUGUCCCAAAGGUAAGAUGUUUCCUAGGCUCUCCUUGAUGGGAAAUCAUUUUGUUGUAUUCCAAUGUAACUAGAAUGAAUUGCUUGUGAUGUAAUCCAUUGCUCUUCCUAAUAGGUCCUUGAAAUUGCUUUUAACUUUGGGGAAGGAAGCUGGCUUGACCUUGAAACACUUCUUCUGUUAAACUUUUGUGCUUGGAAAUUAUGCUUUAAAAAUUCACAACUUGGGGAGAAAGUUUCUUUUUUCAGAUUUCCACAAGCCCUUAUUUUGCACGCUGUUGAUGAUGGUGCAUUUUGAGCCAGUGAAAAUUUAUUGUGCAUCAAAUCUAACCAUCCUCAUUUAGCAUCAGGGAGAGAGAAUUAUGUACAGGGCAGUGUUGGGAGCAUAAUACAUAAUAGGUGCAUGAAGUCAGCAUUUGCUGCUGUACUCCCUGCUUACGAUGCUUUUGUUCUUCCUUUUCUUCAUUAUCCUGUGCUUGGAAGUUGGUACUGAAUGCUCUGUUGUGCUUUUGUUCUGAUUACUUGGUUUUUUCUUUGUCUGUCCCUGUUAGCCCUAUAGUCGCUCUUCCUCCAUGUCUUCCAUUGAUCUAGUCAGUGCCUCUGAUGAUGUUCACAGAUUCAGCUCCCAGGUACUGUAUGAUUACACAGAGUGGCUUUACAUAUCUUUAUGCUGUAUUUCAUCUUCUUUAUUGCCUCUGUUUCCCCUGUUAUAUUGCUCAUUUGUACUUGUUUUAAACAAGUUGCAAAUGAACCCAUAAAAAGGAAGUGUAUAUUCCAAAACUUUUUAUCGUUUCAUUGUUUCUACACUUAGCACUCCAUGCCAAGGUCCUCUUCUGGAAAACGAAGCAGCAUUAAUUUAUGGAACAUAAAUUAAACAUGUUAGCUUUUUCAUAUCCUGCUUUCUGGAUAUGAAUAACUUACCAUAAAAGCAGCAGGACACCUGGUCUGUGUAGGAUGCAGAGGAAUUUGGUUUCAAAAUAGCUGCUGUUGUAUAUAAACCAAAGAUGUUCCCAAAUGUAUUUAAAUUCUCCAUUUGCAACAAUUCAGUACUUCUAAGUUAAGCAGCACCACUUUUCCCAAGCAUCUGUGCUCAGAAAAUCCUAAUUGUUAAAUUUGUAAAUUUAGUUAAACUUAAGCCUAAACUGUCCUAAUGAAAUGUACCAUGGGAGGUCUGCAGUUAGUAUCUUCUCCCUUGUUUGGAAACAGCACAAUACUGAAUAUUUUCAGUCUCUUAAGUAGUACCUCACGUUGGAGAUAUACUAGUGGUCAGUUGACUUUAGAAUGGGAUAUCAACACAAACUAUAUUUGUAGCAGGCUCAAAGAUACUGACUUCCUCUGUCUUGUCCAACCUUGCUUUUUUCUUUGCAAAUGAGUUUUCUUUAGGUGCUCCAAAUUGCAGAAGACUUCUCCCAUCAGUUAGAAAGGAAUACGGCUGUAAAAUGUUUAUUAAAUUCUAUGUAGUGGUUCUAGUAAAAGUCUGAAGAUUUUUCACUGUUCUUUUUAAAUAGUAGUUGGUUUGUAGUUAGAAUUCAAUUGAGAAUUAUGGACCACAUGUUCCAUAUUAGAAACCAAGCCAUAUGGGAAACCAAACCAAAUCUCUGUUAACUGUUGAUGAUGUACCUUCUUAGACCAAUGCUUAUGGAAAGUAUUUUGGGUGUUCUGUGUAGACUAAAACGGUGCUGACCAUUGUACUUCCGCUUAUACAGCCAGAGGCACUAGACACUGAAGCCCACCACAAAGUGGCCCAAACUAGUGUUUGAGAAACACUGAUCCAGAAUAUCUGUUACGUGUGUGAAUGGAGGAUCACAUUGCUUGCAUACUGUUAAAUUGGACUGAAAAAAUGCACAUACCUCGCUCUGUGAACCCUUGUUUUCAGACUUUGUCAUUUUGGGAGUUGGCUGCUUUAUCUUGUUUGUCAACUUCAGUUUCUAGAUGUUAAUGCAAUGUGUAAGCUAGAUAGUGGUUAGAUUAGAUUUGAUUAGAUUAUUUAAAUUUUAUACUGCUUAAUAUAUUGAAAAUAUCUCAAAGCGGUGUGAUGUAGUGAUAUCUUCACACGAACAUGCACUAGUUUAAGAGGCACAUUAGAAGUGUGCAGGGGUAAGGGAAAGUCAUUCUGCUUGGUCUGUUGCACAUAAUAAUAAAUUGUUGGAAUUUGAUGGCUGUUUCAAUAGGCACAGCUACCAUUGUUUCUUACUUACUGUGUCUCUAGAAUUAUUGCUGUCACACUUGACAUAACUGGUGAAUGUGACCUCUAAAUUUCUAGGUGCUAUGCAGCAAAGGAUAAAAUUUAGAAGUAGACUAGUGUCUGCUUUCAAGACUAGAUUGACAUUCCAGAAAGAGUAUCAUGGAAGUUUGGUUGUCACUAUAUAGCUGUCACUAUAUAGACAAGUAAUAUACAGCCCAGCAUAAAUUUAUUACAGUCAUCAUGCGGUCACUGGUUGUGAUACUUCUCUGUCUGGUGACAAAGGCAGGAGUGAAAAGAUAUCUAGGAAGUGGGUGGCCCCCUUCCAUUAUUUAUUUAUUUUACUUCUGACUGACGAAGCAAACUUCAUCUUCCCCAAUCAGGCUAAAGAUAUGUGAUGGUUAACUAGUAGAAUAUAUGGUUUACUGACCAGGGUGCUAAAGAGUUUUGAAUGCUGAUAUGGACAAUGCUGUGUCCUUUUUUGUGAUUCUGGAUGAGCCCAGAAAAGGCACAUAAUUCACAGGAAUCUUGGCUGAUUGUUUUUAAAAAAUGUUUAACCCUUACAGCUACAAGGAUAUAUUUGAAAUCAUAUGGAAGAUGCCUGCAAAGGAUCUCACAAACCAGAGUGGUGGUAUUUGUAGAAAGGGAUUCAGUAUUCUGCACGACUUCUUGCCCAGCAAAAAUAAAAAUUAAAAAAAAUAGUAAACAUUGUGAACAAAUUCUGCAUGAAAAAAGAAUUCAACUUGCAUAAUUCAUAUUUGUUCAACCUGCAUAAUUUAUAGGGGCUUCAAAAUUGAGUUUUCAUUGUUGUGCCGGAAGUUGGGCAUGCACCGCACACAAACUGGGCUGGCUGAGAACCUCCCUGGCUAGGAGUCAUUACUACUGACUGGCUUGGUUUGCACAUAAUGCUUUGUUUGAUCAUCCAGACCCAGUGGCUUAGCUUAUUUUACUGCCAGCUGACUAGAAUCUGAAACAAUUGUUUGUUGUUGGCUUACAGAAUCUAGUUUCAUAAAUCUGGGGGACAACGAGUUAGCUUUAUGUAUGAAACAGAGCACUCUAAAAGAGAAAACAAGAAGUAUGAGAUAGAAAUUCACUGUGCUCUGUCUGGGGCUGUCCAAGAUGCUCCAGGGACUGCAGCUGCACAGGUGUCGAUGUGGCCUGUGAGCAACAAUUCUAAAGCAUCUGCAUUUGAUGCCUUUAUCUCAGUGAACCCAAUUUAAGGUGUUGACUUUGAUAUAUAAAAACCUGGAUGCCUUGGGCCCCAGCUACCUGAAAGAGUGUCCAUCCCAAUACUAGUCAGCCUGUUUAUUCAAAUCUGUCAGGGAAGCCUUAUUAGAAGCCCCAUCACUGGUGGAGGUCUGGUUGGCAGGUAUCUGUAGCAGGGCCUUCUCAGUAGUGACGCCCCAGUUCUGGAAUCCCCUCCCCCCUGAGAUUAGACAGGUAUAGACACUGGGAGGUGGUUAAUGUGCCUUUUCUUAACAGUGGUGAUUUUAUACAUUUCAGAUUAAGGGAGAUAGCUGGUAAUGAUUUUUUUUAAAUUUACAUUUGUAUUGCUUGCUUCUGUUCUGUUACUGCAUUGUAUCUUACCCAAGUGUAACCCGCUCUAAGAUCAUUAGGUGAAACAGUGAGAUAUAAAUAAAUCUUAAUAUCUUAUUUUUGGAAGGAGAUCCACCUUUGUCUGAAUCCUUUGUGGCUUGUGCUUGCUUGCUUUCAGAAAUUCCUUGGUCCAAAUCCAUCUCUUUCAGACGUUCAGCUAUUGAUGCCUCAUUGAGUACCCUCCACAAAUCCACACAGUGACUGAUAUUUUUUCAUAAAUGUGCUUUUUCUUUUUCUUCUUUUUUUUUCGGAAGGUUGAAGAAAUGGUGCAGAACCACAUGACCUAUUCAUUACAGGAUGUAGGGGGAGAUGCUAAUUGGCAGCUGGUGGUUGAAGAAGGUGAAAUGAAGGUUUGUAGAACAUUGCAACGUUUUAUAUUUUGGAAAUGUAAACUAACAUUUGUUUUAUUGCACUAAUGCAAUAGAUUGAAAUUUUUCUUGUAUCAAAGGGCAGUAUAGAAAAAAAAAUAAGUAAAGAUAACGUUAUAAGAUGGCUACAGUUGGUACAGUUUCUUAACAGCAUGUGAACUGGAUAUUUCUGCAAAUGACAGGCUAUAAGUUUUGUUCCUUUUUGAGAAAGUUGUCUACUCACCACCAUUUCAUUCCUCAUUUGGAUUCCCCCCCCCCCCACACGUAAUCAAAGUCCUUAUUUUCAACUGAAUAUUUCAAAUAAUACCGGAUCCCAGUACUCUUGUGUAUGCCUUACUGCCUUCCUGUUUGCUAACAUGCCUUAGGCUGCCUGCUAAUUUGAAAGCAGGGUUUGGAUUUGAGCACAGGCAUCCUGCUGAUUCUUUUUGGUGUUCUGCCUCUCCACAGCUGUGCUAGCUAGGACUUGAUGUAGUCUAAAACAUCUGGAGGGUGCCAGGUUGGAAGGCUCCACUGUGUUGUGCUUCAGGUUCCUUUUUUUAACAUUAAUAUUUAGAGGCAGCAUUACAGGAUAUUUAUUUUUAAAUAAUUCAGACCCUUCCUGGACCUACAAUUAUUCAUAUUGCUGCCUUUAGUUUCCAGGAUGAAACCAAGCAAAUGUUCUCAAACAUUUUACAUUUAUUCAAAGGUGUACAGGAGGGAAGUGGAAGAAAACGGCAUUGUUCUCGAUCCUUUGAAGGCCACACAUGCAGUCAAAGGCGUCACAGGGCAUGAGGUCUGCCACUACUUCUGGAACGUUGAUGUUCGUAACGAUUGGGAAAGUAAGUCACCCUUCUAGUUGCGUCUGUUGAUCUGGAUAGCGUACAGAAAUCUUAGCUGUUUGUUUAAUUGUUUGUUUUGAUUAUAUUUUUCCUUCCUUUCCAGCAACCAUUGAGAAUUUCCAUGUAGUAGAAACUUUAGCAGAUAAUGCCAUCAUAAUCUACCAGACGCAUAAGGUAAGGCUUAAUGCUUUACAUUUAUAUGCGGUAGCUUUUUCAUAGGACUGCACAGUACCAUGUAUCCUAUGAAGAAUGAUGUACGCUAUAAAGAAAGGAAACAAGCAGUCUAGCUGUUUAAAAAAAAAUUCAAUCCCUUAUGGUGUGGUUUAGCCUAUUGAAGCAUUGCCAAACUCUUCAUAGCAGGCCAGAUCAGACAGUGAAAAAUUCUAUAUCUGCUGUUGCUCUUUACUGGCAAGGAUUUUUUUUUAUUCCCUUUCCUUUGGCCCCCAUUUGUCCAGUCACAAUGGACACCUUUCAACUUGCAGAACCUGAAGUUGUGGAGGGGUGAGGCCUAUCACAUGUGUUUCUGACCCUUGCCUGUCCUGGCUUAUAGAAGAAGUUGUGAGGGGGACUGGUGGUGUGGAUAAGGGCGGGGAAUGAAUGUCUGUUUAAAUCAAGACAGAGUCCCACCAUGCCUGAAAGAGGCAUUGGUUAAAUCUCUUCUUUUUCAAAAAAAUACCAACAACUCUCUCUGAAUCCCACAGUAUAAUUGUCAACCAAUCACCAAUCUUGCAUUCCUUGGCAAGGUGUUAGAGCAUGUGGCAGCCUCUCAGCUCCAGGAUGAAACCAAUUAUCUAGCUCCAUUCCAGUCAGGCUUUAGGCCUCAUUAUAGAAAGGAGACAGCUUUGGUCACCUUGGUGGAUGAUCUAUGCUGGGAACUGGACAGGAUGAGAGUGUCCAUGUGCCAACUGUACCCGUUUAUUGAAAUGUCAGAUCUUGCCACAGUGAUGCAUGCAUGCCUUAGUUACAUCCCAGUUGGACCACUAUAACACGCUGUACAUGUGGCUGCCUUUGAAAAGUGUUUAGAAGCUUCAACUAGUCCAAAAUGCUCUGGCCAGACUGCUGACUGGGGCCAGUUAACAUGUUACUUCCCUGAUAAAGCAACUUUACUGGCUACCGGUUCAUUUCCAGGCACAAUUCAAAGUGAUGGUUAUGCCCUAUAAAGCUCUACAUUGCUUAGGCUCAGGACACCUGGAAGCUCAUAUCUCCCAAUGCAAACCUGCUCAGAUGCUAAGAUCCUUGGCUGAGCAACUUCUCUCAGUCCCAUCAGCAUUAGACACAAGAGAGAACAUUUUUUCCGGCAGCUGCUGCCGUAUUGUGGAAUUCCCUCCCAAGAAUAGUUAGAUUGGCUCCCUUUUUGUUGUCCUUCCACCGGCUAAGCCCUUGGUAUUCAGACAGGCCUUUGAAAUCUAAGGUGCAAACACUGCUGACCACUGGACUGCUGUCAGGGCAAACUGUAUUUGAGUGCUGGAACUAAAUAUGUUUUGAUGUAUCUUAACUAUUUUUAACUAGCUUGUUUUUAUUAUUUCACAUUUUAUAAUGAUGUUUUUAAAUGUUGCGAGCUGCCUUGGGAGAAAGGCAAGAUACAUUAAAUAAUAAUAAUAAUAAUUAUAAUAACCUUGCUCAUAAAACUUUUGGUUUGUUAGGUAUUUAAAUCUGUUUUCCUUUUGAUCUUCAAUAAUGGUGUGUCAUACUUGGGAGAGAGACAAUAGUCCAGUGAUAGAGCACAAGCUUGGCAAGUCUUCAAUUCAACACUCGCUCUGCGUGUGUGUGUGUGUGUGUGUGUGUGAUCAGUAUUAUGUGAUCUCGAUGAUCAGGACAUAGCUGACCACCACACACUCCCAUGGUAGCUAUUUUGUGACUGGUGCCCCCAACACUCUCCCAAAGCUCAAAAUGUUCUCAUCAUGUUAAGCCAAGCUAUGGCUUAGCUCAGUAAGAUUACAGAACAACGAAAAGGAAGCAAAGGAGCUUGAACAUUUGCCAUAACCCAUGAUUCCGUUUACAUGAUGUGUAAAUCAGACCUAUCAAAGCUCAUGUCAUAAUAAAUAAAUGUUAGUUGUGUUUGCUGCAACAGGCUAACACAGCUUACCGCUCUAAGAAUUGUUAUAGGGUUGUUGUAAGAUUGCAAUAAGGUAAUGCGUGUGGAGUGAUUUAAGUGCUCUGAAGUACUAUAAAUAUGCUUACAAUUUUCUUCUAGAGAGUGUGGCCUGCUUCUCAACGUGAUGUGCUGUAUUUGUCUGCUAUUAGAAAAAUACCAGCUUUCAAUGAAAAUGACAGUGAAACAUGGAUUGUCUGCAACUUCUCGGUGGAUCAUGAUAGUGCUCCUGUAAGUGUAUAUUCCAGUUCUGAGGGUGUUUCUUGCUUUAACCAUGUAAUAAAACUUCUCUCCAGAUUACCAUAGAAUGCUUUUUUUUUUUUAACAGUGUACAGGCAAAAGGGAGCUAAGAGAAAGGAUAAUUAAAAAUGCAGACUGAAUGAAUUGUAGUGAAAAUGGAGGGACUGUGUUUGUUGUAAUAUUUCAUCCUAAUUCAUAUUUUAGCAACAUAACAGUCUUAAAUGUUUGUAUUUCUUGACAGUUGAACAAUCGAUGUGUUCGUGCCAAAAUAAAUGUUGCUAUGAUAUGUCAGACGCUGGUAAGCCCACCAGAAGGGAACAAGGAGAUAAGCAGAGACAACAUCCUAUGCAAGAUUACCUAUGUAGCAAAUGGUAAGGCAUGUCUACACAUUUCGUUGCAAACUGAGUUUAUGCAAAAGCCCCGCUCCUUUUCUUAAUAAAGCACCUAGUUGUAGGCACUAUAUAAUAAACUGGGAACUUAAAAAUAGGAACACUAUUUAGUUUAUAUAAAUGAGGCAACUUCGAGCCAAUCUAGUCAAAGGUUUUUUUAAGGACUGUUGAAACUAGGGUUGAGUGCUUUUGGGGGGGGGGUGAGCUUUUCUUAGUUUUGCCAAAAGUUGUUGAACAACCAUGCCAUUUCUGAGCUAUUUUUAUGGGAAAUCAGCAAAAAAAGGCACUGCCGUCAUGGGCUGCCAUAGAUCCGGAUUUUCCCAGACGUAUGGCAACCCUAGUUGAAACUGAAGUCAAAUCCAAGUGGUACUGAAAUUUUAAAUGUCCACUUCCUUAUUUAGAAAUGAGGCAGGCAGGCGGGACAUUAGAACAGGUGUUUUCAACCUUUUCAGACAUAGGGCUCACAUGCAUUUGGAGGCCAUUAAUCUUUUACCUUAUAUUUGCAUGGUGCUAGUGCUCCUGUUGCAACCCACCUUGGAUCAGGCCACCAUCCACUAGUGGGUUUCAACCCACCCAUUGAGGACCAGUAAGUACACUUGGCUAAAUGCCUUCUGUCCAUUUCACAUAUCAACAAGACUAGGUUUCAUACAAUGAACAGUGAAGCCACAUUCAAACCUUCUCUCUGAUAGGUGUGUAUCCGUUCGAUGCAUUUACGCUUCCCUUUCUUUGCACUUAAUAUAUUGGGUGCAAUGGAUGAAGUAGCUCUUAGGUUUCAUAGGCUAGUCGCUACCAAAUGUCAUAUAUAUAUUUAAUCUCUUUUCCCUAUAAAUACUAUACUUUAAAUUUACAAAAAAUGAUACAUGUAUUUCUGUCAAGGUUUUUUUUAAAAAAAUUGCUGCUCUUAUAUUUGUACGUCGUUUCCUUUGCUCCAACAUGCAAUAUUUUGUUCUUACAUAGAUAUUCAGCAUGCUUCUUAUGCUGCAGCCAGGGAUCAUGAACCUUUUUGGACCUCCGAACACAUGUAAUGAAUUGUGGGCAUUACACUUCAUCUAGCUGCAAAUAUUUCCAGCUCCCUACACAAACCACACAUACAUACAGGACCCAUACUCUCACAUGCAUGUAUGCAGCACACACUCAUAUAAUUUCAUUCUAUUUCACAAACACACACACAUUCAAGGGCUCUCUGAUCAGGUCUGAAGUGUCCAUUGAAUCUGAAGUGUAGGAGGAUGAGUAAUUGCUGGAGGAGGAUCCACAUCUCAGGAUUGACUUUCCUUCUUAUAAUAUUUUCGUGCCCUUUUGGCCAAGGCCACAAAAGUGCUUUCUUCUGGUCCUGCACCACCUGAAGGUGAAGCUGCUCAGGCAUCAAGGGUAGUUUUUGCUCAAGGACCCCUGAAACCCCACAUAGGUGCUUCCUUAGAUUCCCCCCCCCCCACACACACAGAGUACACAAGACAGAGUGGAUCAACCCUAUGCAAGGGAAAUCUUUACUUCACAUAGCUAAUAAACUCUACACUUGGACACAGUUCUGUGCAAUCCCAACCAGGGACUAAGACAUCUGCCACUUUAAUCAGGAGUCGGAAGAAAACUUUUUUGGGUUGUUGUUUUUGUUAAUUGCUGCUCUCAACCUCUGUGCCUAUAUGUUCACGUGCAGUAUUCAGAUAUGCCCAAAGACUGAGGCAAACUGAUGAAAAGCAGGCCGCCUUAAUAAAAUCAUUUGUUCUGCAUAAAAACUGGUGUAUUGUUCUAGUUGCAUUUUUAUAUAUGCGAUGUCACUUUUCAGUGUAUACAUCACUCUCAUCUUUAUUUGUAGUGAACCCUGGAGGUUGGGCACCAGCUUCUGUGUUACGGGCAGUAGCAAAGCGAGAGUACCCCAAAUUCUUGAAGCGGUUCACAUCGUAUGUGCAAGAGAAAACGUCAGGAAAGCCUAUUUUGUUCUAGUGUUAACAGGUAAUGCAAUAGAGACAGCCAUUGCAUAAUUAAGAGAUACUGAGAUUCUGGGAAUACAGUGUUAUUUGGAGCUUAAUUUUAAAAUGGUGCAGUAAGUUUGAAAUCUUCCUGUGUUGGGAGGCAAGGAAGAUUUUUUUUGUUGCAGGGUAAAAUUUGAGAAUCAACAUUAUAUUUUGGGGGAAUUGCUUUUGUCACUGAAAUACUGUGAAAACUGAAAUUGCAAUGUUGCUGCCUUUGAAGCAUAUCUGAAGUUUGGUAUAGUUGGAUUCCUUGUGUUUCAUAUAAAAGAAACAUUAGGUGCACAUAUUUGUUUUUGCCCCUUAUAAGGCUGUGCAGUGGGUUUCUUCAGCUGCCUAGAAUGAUCAGUUAAGAAAUCAUGUAGCUAGGAAACAGUAGGAAUGGGUAACGUAACCUUGCUGGCAAUCUGUCUGCUAGUAAAUGCAGAAGGAACAAUAAAUAAAAUGGCAGGUGGUGAUUUCAUUAUUAAACCCUCAAAUUAAGGCCCCCCUUCUGUCUUUUCUGUGGGUGUCACUUAUUGUUAUAUAAUACUCAACAGACUCUCUUCCUUCUGAACUGUCAAAUGAAAGCAUGAAUGGGGAAUAUAUAAUAAAGACAUUAUUGUGCUUUCCACAUUUUCAUGUUUCAUAGCACCGUCUUAGCUUUGUUGGUGGUAGUCAGAACUGAAGCUUUCAUCCAUUCCCCUCCCUCCUCCAUCCCCAGUGAUUGGAACAAGGCUGUGUGA